AACUUUACUAACGUACAGGACUUUGGAUUCCCCGAACUCUUUAAUUACUUGGUGGGAAAAGACAACGUGUACAACAGCGAAGGCCUAAAAAGUUACAAAUCCCUAUUGGGGUACAAAUUAUUUUUUGAUGGACAUAUGGAAGAACUUUGGUAUCACCCACCUCAACCCAAUAGUAAUUACAGUUAUUUUAAGUUUGCUGUAAAGCCAACUGAAAAAUCCAAGACUGAUGAUGGUUCAUCAACAUACAGAGGGUUUUUCAUUUUAAAAAAGGAUGGAAGUGUCAAUUAAGACUACUGCUUAUGGAAAGGAGGGUAUGUAUUCUCUACUUUUGAUUUCUGGAGCCUGUCUAUGCGCUUGAUAUUCCAUAAACAUACGUUUGAGAAUCAAAACGUUUGGUCUUUUCUGUUGUUUUUCUCUGUGACAGGUUUUGUUUUAUUCAGUUUUAUUAUAUUUCCCAUGUAGAAGUUGUAACAUGAGUAAAAAGUAGAUGCCUCCUGAAUUGAAGAUCUAAAUCAAUGGAUCCAUUAUUUUAAGUCUCAAACCUUCUGGAUCAUUUAUGACCUCAGCACUAAGUAUUAAAACGGUAGUUCAAAGUCAGAAUCUGUGAGCCUAGUAACUGACCUUAUUGGGUACUUUACAGUCUAUCAGUGUGAACAAUUAGUUAUAUUGGUUCUCCUUUAAACAGGAGAGAUGGAGGUUGCUGGCACAUAGCUGUAGCAUUGUUUGAUCUAGAAGCAAACGUGAGAUUCAACGAUCUCCAAUCAUGUACAUCAGGGCAGUGCAUGUGGAAAAAGAGAGGAAAGAGAAAUGAGGGAAGUUUGCCCAUUCAGGACCUCCAAAUGAGUGGUAGUUACGGUGUGACAUUGAAAGACCCAAUUCACCCAAGAGAUUUUAAUGCAGUUUGUAUUCCUUAUAAUGUGACUGAACUGGAACAAGAUUUUAAGACUGAGUUGCUGGAAACUUGUCCUAGCUCUUCAGCUCUGCCUUUUUUAUCUUCAAUUAAAGGACCCAGUCAAACAGAGGAAGUAGUCAGAGCUUUUAUCAGCAGUGAUGUUAAUGUCUGUAAAGAAGAAAGUGUUCAAAGUGUGCAUGUAUAUUCAAUGAAUGAUAAUGCCAAAGUGUUUGUUUCGUUUAUUACUGAAAAAAAGAUGCCUACAGUUUCUAAAGAACUUGCAAUUGAAUUCCUUGAGUCUAUUCCAUUUAAUGAGGAGCAAGCAGAAAUUAUCAACAAGAAAACUGUCUAUCAAUCGCAGUCUCAAUUUUGGUUUGAUCAAAGGGCUGGAAGAAUUAUAGUUUCCUUAUUUUACGCUGUGCCACCUCAGAAAGAGCACAGACAGAAGAAACACUAUUAAACAUCUCAUGAAUUACUGUCCAAUAGCUGAAGAUGCCGUGCCAUGACAGAUGACAUGGGGGUGUGAAAAAGAUGGCGAACCGAUAUAUCGACUGACUGCUGGUUGAUGCAUCGGCCGAUAUGUAGCGAUCAACUGCCGGUGAAGUAUCAGUCAAUUGUCGGUCAGGCGUCGGUCAGGCGUCGGUCAGGCGUUGGUCAGGCGUCGGUCAAGUGUCGGUCAAGUAUCCGCCAAGUAUAGGUUCACUUACCGACCAUAUCACUCAGAAGAAAAUAGGCUAAGAAAGAGUGUGAGGUUUUUUCGAUAUAUGUUCCGAUUUGGUGAUGGAAAAAUACAUUGUAAAGUUGGUCACUCUUGUGUAAUUAAUGUUGUACCUUGACGUAUUUCCAUUAUUCGUAAAACUACCUGGCUUAUGCUUUAUCCCUGAUGCCAUGUUGCCCUUAAUCCAACAUACCUAAAAUGAUUAUUAUUCCUUAGCUCUUAUAGCUCUAACAGGUCCUCAACGUUAUAUUGCUUGUACAAUGUUACCAAUAUUUACUGUCCAGUUUAUGUCGGUAAUGGGAUCCACCUAAAUUGUAUCAGCUAAAAUUGCAGUGUGUAACUGCCCAGCUAAACGAAAAGUAAAUGAUCUUUUGAAACUGAACUAGGCAGUUAAGCUCAUAAGCAAAGCGAUUUUAUAAAGACUUCUUUUUGCAGUGCGAAGUCAGCCGUUGUUUGUUUGUUUUUUUAUUAUUGUUAUUUUACCUAGAAUAGGGCGUCUUUUUGGGGGUUUGGGCCUUAACAACGGUAUCAAUUUUUUUUGUCCUUAAAUAGGGAACUCCGCGGCACCCACCUAUCGGAAAUACAGUACUAAUCUGCUUAUAAGAACCUAGAAUUCACGAACCUGUUAGCCUAAAAAUAUCAAUUUAGAACCCCUUUAUAUAAGAAUCUAUUUAGCCUAAAUUUGAAACAGGUUCCUGUUUUAGAAAAUAAACCUUAAAGAUCUUCAGGCAAAGAUAAAAGACAUGACUCUUAAAAGUAGUGAACUUAAACAUGUAUGAACUAUAAAAAUCUCUAAAUUUGGUAUAAAUAAUGUAUGAAAAACGGUAGUAUGUACAUGUUGGUUUUGAAUUAGAAUUCACACGAGUACGCCCUACGAGUACAUUUAGAACUUAGAACUGAGAACUCAGAUUCUUAUAAGCGGGUAAGUACUGUAGUUUGACUUACUAAAACGAAAUCAAGUCUGCAAUGAAUAUCUGGUUGCCUUUGCCUCCAGAUAAACCUCUUGCCAUUUGGAUUAAAAAUUUUCCAAACAUCGCAUAGCUCCAAAUUUUCCAUCGCAUUUUGCACCACCUUUAAAGCAUUCUGAUGUAAUCUGGCAAUGCCAUUUUUUCAGAGAAAAUUGAGAGAGUCAAAAACAUUCUAAGCAGCUGGUCUGCUUGGAGACUUACUUUUAUAGGUAAAAUCACGAUAAUAAAAGCUUUGGCAGUAUCCCAAAUUGUACAUGUUUUAACCUCUCUUCCAACGCAUCAGGGUGCACUUAAGGAUAUCAAUACCCUGCUAUAUGACUUUCUCUAGGAAAGGAAAGGGGAAAAAAUUAAAAGGACACAAAUGACCAAUGAUGACGAUAAAGGAGGCCUCAAGAUGAUAGAUAUUCAAAGCUUUAAUAAAUUGCUAAACAAAAAGUGGAUAAAUGGAAACUUCUCGUAGACAGAAGUGUAGGGGGAAAGUAAUGUUUUCAAAGUGCAACUACGAUCAAGCUGUCGAUAUCCAUUUUUUAUAAUUUCGUAUAAAAUAUGACUGUCUAAAAUACCUUGCUAAAUAUCAAUCCAUUAUGACUAACAGAUAUCUUUUUUUUAAUUUGUAUUUUUAUUUCCGAGAAGUUGCAGUUGCCAUUUCUUUAUCUCGUUCCAAUUAUAGCCUGGUUGAGAAUGAGGGAAAAUGACGUCAAAUGCUCAAAAUAACUCGAGUGUGCUAGACUAUUGCAAUGUUUGAAUUUAUUACAGGUACAGUAAAAAACCCCUUUUUAAGAACCUAGAUUUUAAGAAAAAAUAGAUUAACUGAAAGUGUUAGACAAAAAUUGUACAUUAAAACUCCUUUUACACGAGAACCUGUUUUAGCCUACAACUUUGAAACAGGUUCUUUUUUUGAGAAAUUCAACAACACAGUUCCAUGUAUUAAUGUUGUGUUUUGUUCUGUUUAUCUCGGAUAGCUUUGUAAACUUGGUAAAUAUAUGCUUGGAUUUUUAACAUAUUAUGCAUACAAUACCAAAAAUAGGCCACGCCCUCCAAUGACAAACAACUCAUUUAUUUUGAAAACUAGACUGCGAGCAGUGGGCGCGAUCGACGAGCGGUGAGCGGCCAAGCUGCGAUCUCUUUUCGCUGUGACUGGCGCCCCUGCUGCUCGCAAAUCACGGCUUUGCCCCUCAUCGCUCGUCGAUCACGUCCGCUUUUUCCCCGUUCGUUCCAGUGGGAUUUCACAGCAAAAGAGACUGCUCGCAGUCUAUUUGAAAACAAGAACCUGUUAAAGAACCUGAGUAGCCAAAUUUUUCAGUUAAGCACCAUCUUUUAUAAUAACCUUCUUAGCCUUGCUUGGAAAAAAUUAGGUUCCUAUAAGCCGGUUUUUACCGUUUAUGCUUCUGAGUCUAAAAUUGAAAAAAAAAACCAAAUUGCACCAAUGUUGCACUAAGGUCACAGGAGCUGUCCCGUUUCGGGGGAGGGGGGUACUACCGUAAAUUUUGAAUAAGUGUGUGCCUAGAAGAGUCUUAAACCCUGUCCCACUUUAAGGAUGAAACAAACGAGAAUUGUCCAAACACGAAAUAUGACACCCUAUUCAAGGAAAAACAAUAACCAAACAAUGGCUAACCACGCGCGGCAAAACACACAUCUCGAUAAAAUCGCUUUGUUGACAAUUUUAGCGGAAUUUGCUUUUUGUUUAGCUGGCCAUUUACACACUGCAAUUUUAGCGGAUACAAUCUACGUAUCCUAUCUAAAGAUCACAACGGAAGCACAAUGCUAACAGAGGCAAAACGAUAACUGCCAAAACCAUAUCCUAUCCCGUGGCACAUACAUGUAUAUGGGAGUACCCCCAUCUCUGGGUAUUUAAAGUGGAUAUUGUUCUGCAAUGUCCUCCAUCAACCGUCCAAAACAGCCAUUCGGGUGAAGCUCUUCAUGCCAUCUUCUCCACAUGAAUUCCUUAAGGUAUUCUUGUAGGAAGUUAGGAUUUGUGUUCCCUUUCAUCUUCUUAAAUUUGUCCUUUGCUGCAGACCUAUUGCUCUCUGUGCGUUGUGUGUGGCACCAGUGAUUGGGUCUACAAAGUUAACUGAGUGAUUAACCGUUUGAUGAUUGAAACCCAAGACCCUUUGCAUUUGCCUGUAUGCCGCCCAUUCAUCAGUAUAAACCAAAGAGCCUGGUUGUACGUGUCUUUGGAUAAUGGUCAAAAGAGUACGCGCAUCUCGCCUUCUCACAAGCUGUAAAUACGGUCGAGCGGGGUCAUACUGUGUGUCAAAAGGCCCAAGAACCCAUCUCUCUCCUCGAGGUCGACAUCCCCUUAACUGUGCUUAAGAAGAGACAAAUUUCAUUAAAACGUGUCGAAUAUAUAGAAAAAAAUUAAGAAAGACUGUUUCCUAGCAGGUGCAGGACAAAAGUGGGUAUUGUAAACUGAAAUACGGUUGAUGUAAUGUUUCGUAUGUAUUUUAGUUGAUAUGUUUUCUGUUGUAAAAAAGACCUGAAUGAAAUACAAUGUAAACGAGACAUCAAGGUGAAUCUCUUUAUGGGCACAUUUCUUGAUGACACAUUUAUUGUUAACAUUUUCAAGGUAAAAUGCGCACAGUUUUUGGCAUUUUGGCUCUAAUCUGGCUACAGGUUUUGCUGAAGAUUUUGGGAAUAAUUCGGAUGGUGCUAUUUUUCUGUUGAAGUCACUAUGAUGAGAUCGACUUGCUGGAAUCCUCCUUUGAAGGUAGCUGCUAAGAUGAAGAUUGCAAAUUCUGUUGACUGAAUGUUGCAUGUACACUUACAGGAUGCUGUGCUGCAUUUGAAAUUUUAACAUCUAAUGGAGACUUGGUGCUGUUGUUGCAGAGUGAGGCCCCCCAUCCAUUGCAGCUGAGAUUACUGUGGCAUCAUUAUCACUGUCAUCAAAGAGGUUUCCUGUGCACUGCAUGGAAUUGUCCCUUAGCCCACUCAAAAGGAAUGGUCUUUAAAGAGCUGGUGCUGAGGGACUUUGGUAUAGGUGUCAAAUAGAUUUUAGGUUGCCUACAUAAAGCAGAUUUAAGUUUUUGAACAGAUCACAAACUGCUAAUGACAGAUAAGUCUCUCCACUUGGCCAAGCACUGCAGCAUUUCAACCCAAUACAUGUACGCAGUUGAGGGAAGCCUAUUGUAUUCCCGCAUACAUCUUUAGCAUGACAUUGUUCACUUUCUUCAACACGGCUUCCACUGUGUCAUCUGCAAGGAGGUCAAUUUUCUUACACCCUAAGCCUGCUUGAUGUAGCAUCUUUUUCUCAUUUGUAGUAGGUUUUUUUUUUUGCAAAGCAAGUCUUCUCUAAGUUUUUGGGAAACUAAAGCUCUGGAAUACGUCUGUAUACACAUUCUUGUGAACUAGCUUCUCUUCUUGAAAGAAAAGCUACACCUACUUUCCUCGAGCUGUGUCUGAUGUCAAAUUUGAGGCUUAAGCUUCUUUUGCUGCAUUCACAAUAACCUGUGAACAUUCAGUUCCAUCCUUUGUGAAGUAGGAGCAAACAUAGGUUACACAUUGGUAAUGAUUAAGAGGCUGUAAGUCAACAUUUGCUCGAAAACCUUUCAUCCCAGCAACAGAACAGUUAUUUAUAAAACAACUACCCAAUGGUCUUUUCAGAUGUAAAUCAAAGUCAGAAUCGCUGGAUGUAGAUAGAGCCCAGUAAUAUUGUUUUUCUGCAAUACUUGGUGGGCUUAGAAUAUCCUCUUCUGCUUUCUUAGGAUCAUACUGUGGCUUCUUUGUCUAUUUGCUCUUUGACUAAAUUGAGAAUUACAUUUCUCCUGGUUAAAAUGGUCAUUUUAGACUCUUCAUCUUAUUCCUCAGAGUACUAAUGCUGCAACUGUCCUCUAAGUGGAAAAACUUCCCAAAAUUAAACCUACAAGGAAUAUUUUUGUAUUUUCUGCAAGUCUUUGAGUGAUUGUGCUUUUGUUCAUGCAUGUCAGAGUCUGUUUUUUUCUUGUGGCAGGUGUGCCUGAACAGGAUUAUUCACACUUUAAAAUGAAAAAAGUUGAUUUGGCGCAAAAAAGGGGGCCAAACGAGUGGAUCCACUUUGGUACUGGCUUGGGGUCAAUUUGGCCCCAUUGAAAUGGAGAUAUUUUUGGGGCAAAAUCUACCUAAUUGUAAAGGCCAAAUUAGAUCAUGUGUAAGGUCCAUUUGGGAAAUAGUGGAACCACUUUGGAAUUUAAGAGGGCUAAACAGCGCUUAAAAUUUCAGCCCUCUCACAAAUUAUCCCUUUAAAAUUAGCCAAUGCAGCUCCAUUGUGAAGCCAGUACAGAAGUGGAGGGCUCUUUCCUCUCUGCACCGAUUUCCCCCCUUACAGUAAAAUAAUGGAAAUACACCUCGUGCUUUACCUUUCAAACACUCAUUCAUUACGGUGUAUAUAUUGUUUAUGUAGAAACCUUUUAGAGUGCAUGAUUUUACAGUUUUUAAGUUUCUCAGUUGUGUUAUAAAAUAGACAAACUUUGAAACAUCAUGUGAAAGAAUAGAACAACAUACAGAGGUAUUUAAAAUUGCUUGAACCAUUUUCUAAAAUAGAUCUCUGCUAAAUCAGUAUACUUCUCAACAGUGCAAGCAUUGCCAGAAACAAUACUUGUGAGUAAAGCUUCCCUUCUCACUGACUUAGCAGAUGUGAUAAUGUGAGGCAGCUUAUAAUCAAUGGUGAUUUAAUUUCUCAAAGUACAGUAUAUUAUCAAAUAACACAAAGGUAUUAAAUGGUCCUGUACCUGGUCCAAAGACUUUUCAAUUGAUGGAUGAACAUGCUUACUGCUUGAUAUUUCAUAGCACUGCCUCAAAUGAUGAUGAAGAUCCAGUGUCCAAGGAAUGUGAGUGAAAUUGCAAGGAAUGUGGCCAGCCGUUUGAGUCUUUCAUGCUUUGGCUCAAACCUUAUCAUCCAGGACAGUACCAUCGGACUAAACUUUAAAUAUCAAAAUGCUACAUAUUUACUUUUUUUUUUCAAUGAUCAACCUUUACAUGUACUGUAAGGUAACUAAUGGAAAACCCAAACAAUAAUACAAAGAUUUAUGUGACAACACUAUCACCCAUCAAAAGAAAAGUUAGAUAUUUUUCAUUUCCAACUUACCUAACCAUUGUUCUUGGGUUAUGGAGAAUAUAGUGCAUCUGUGGAAUCACAGAGGAAUUCGGGUAUAACUUGGUAAAUCUAGUACGGUGAUCGGUGAUUAAAUCCCUUGAGUAAGCUACUUUAUAAUGUUCUCUAUUCUAAGAGUUGGGAGAAAAUUCCACUUCUCAUCAUCAUAGGGCAUAUGGCUGCCGAUCACCUAUGGAAGGAAAUGGCCAAGGCACCACAUCUCUGAAGCUAGAAUCACAUUACGAUCAACAGAAUUACCAACACACAGUUUAAUGCAUUUCCUAUGGACUACUAAUAAUAUAAGUGUUACCUUUUGUUUGAGAGAAUUAGUGUUGGAAUUUAAGGUGGCACUUGAUAUAACACAUGGUUUGUUGGAAACAUCUGGAUAACCACAAUCUAAAUUUUUAAUCCAAGAAUUAAAAUUUCCCAAAGUGAAAAAACUGCUGCUCAUCUAUAGAUAUUUGAGGAGUUCUUUGACUUCAUAGUGAAGAAACCCCUGAAGGAUAUCAUGCAUUACAUCACUCGAAAGACCUUCUAUGACAUACAAGUAAUGUGACUGGUUCAGGGCUGAUCUUAGAUUUAUUCGUAACUGUGAAGAAAUGUCAAUGACUGAAUUUUCGAUUGCUGUGCACAGCAGAUCAUACAUUGCUUGAGUGUGUAAUUGGAAAUCAUCUUCCACAAACUGUGAGGAAUUAUGAGAAAGUUAUUGGAUUUCAACACCACACUUCAAUUACAAAUUUUAUCGUACACAAUUUUCAACACAGUUUUUCCAUGUAAGUCACAGGAUCUGGUGGUUUAAUCAUUAAAGGGGGGGGGAGAGUAUCUUUGGUACUAGAUGUAAUGGUUCUCACAUUGCGAAAGAGAAAGUUCAGCAAAAAGUUAUCACAAUGAGCAAAAGCCUAGGAAAAAACUUAUGAGUUGGCGGCAAAGUGCAAAGGGCAAAGUGAAUGGGAAGAAGUUUAGACGCUUACUUUAUUGUCAGUGGAAAAAUGGUUCAUCCUUUGCCUACCUUUGUAGCUACAUCAUUUGCAUCUCCUAUGUAAACCCUGCACUACAGUGCAGAACAGCCUCCAGUGUUAAAGCCUACAAUCUCCUGGGAUGCUAAAUUAUCACCGGAAACAAAGCUGAUGGUUCCUUUUAAAGACUUUCUUUCCCCAUUUAUGGUAAACUGGUAUCCUCCAUCCUUAAGAAAUAAAUAGGGACCUUAAGGUCCGAGGAUGGCGGAUGUCUACAACGGCUGCCAUGACCGAGAGGGACUGGGAGGAGGUUGCCGUUGCAAGGCGCAAAAAAUCCUUAAGAGACUAAGCCCUUAUGAAAGGUAUGGGAAAUUUGACCUAUAUGAUAUGGAUGACAGUGAGUGUUUAUCCGAGUUUCGUUUUCGUAAGAGUGACCUUCCCGUUCUUUCUGAAGCCCUACAUCUUCCUAACUACUUUAAAUGUCAACAAUAUGCGCUGGAAUUGAAGGGUUGUGUAUCGCACUUUAAAGGUUUGCGUACCCAUGUAGACUCAGUGAUUUAAUUCCAUGAUUUGGCUGCCCAGUUCCAGAUCUAAGUAUGAUUUCCAACCUUGUGGUGGAUACAAUUUUUUGGGAACGUAAUCACAGAAUAACUCAGUGGAAUGAUACACUCCUGAACCCAGCACUUCCAGAAAUGUAUGCUUGUGCAAUUCAGAAAAACGGUAGUCCAUUACACAACUGUUUCAGUUUUAGAGAUGGAACAUUACAGCUAAUUUGUCAACCUGACCUAUACGAGAGGAUUGUGUACAAUGGGCAUAAGGGAGUACAUGGUCUAAAAUACCAAUAUGUGGCAGUAGCCAAUAUGUAUGGCCAAGUAGGUAAUUUUACAAUUGAAGUAAUAAAUCUGUUUGGUUGAAUUUUAAAAUCUCAUGCCAACCAUAAACUACAAUAGCACUUAUGUUGAUCUCAUUUUAAAGGGCAGAAUGUAUGAUUCAGCCAUGUUGGCCAAUUCUGAUCUUCUUGAUGAACUCGAGCAACAUGCACUCUCAACAACAAAAAAAACCAAUGGCUCUCUAUGGCAACCUGGCCUGUCCUCUGCAUGUUCACCUCCAGUUACCUUACAGAGGCGGAAUUACAUCACAAAUGGAGCUAUACAAGAAAGCCAUGAGCUCCGUUCGCAUGUCUGUCGAGUGGCUUUUUGGGGACAUUGUAAAUUUUUUAAAAUGUCACUUAGUGCAGUUCACAAAAUGUACAUUGUGGCUGCCAUUCUGCAAAAGGCUUUAACCUGUAUGUACGGUAACUCAACUUCAGAGUAUUUUACUUUAAACCCUCCCACUAUUCACAAUUAUUUUGCUUGAUCAGGAACACAAAACGUCCAGUGUCUGUAACAUUAAGUCUUUAAUCAAGUUUAUGUGAAUCAAAAAGUCUGAACAGGAAGCUGAUUUAACAUGGAAAACCUAACAAUGAAAUAAAAGCAAUUUUACAAAACAAAAUUAAGAAACAUGCCUGAAAUUGCUGAAAACUACAUUCAUCUUGCACAGUACAAAAUCAGGCCAUGACUUAGUUUUGUUUUUCUAUAAGGUUUAUGAUAAUUUAACACUGCUGCUGCUGCAUUAGCGCGAACAUCUUAAAAUUUUGCAUUUGUUCUUGUUGCUGUUUAGUUUGCUGCAGCAUGACCUGCAUCAAAUCUUGAUGUUGUUUUUUGGACUGCUCCUCCAUCUUACUUUCAGCCUCUAGUCGCCUCUUCUGUAGCUGCAUUUUUUCUAUUUUCCAUUUCUACAUGAGAUCGUUCUUUUCUGACAAAUAUGCCACCGUGUCACUACCAAUUCUUUCAUUCUCUACCUCAUCUUUCCUUUGUCUUUUAUGUUUCCCGCUAAGGUUCUUUAGAGCUCUGUAUCUCAUUUCUGCUGCUUUCUGCGUAAUUCGUGGUGAGUUUCACCACAUUCAUUGAUAAGAACGUGAAGAAAAGAGAAUAAGAGAACUCACUGAGCAAUCUUCUUGGCACUCAUGUCGGCUGCAGCUAUGACAUGUUUAGUGAAGAAUAAAAAAAACUUGUUUUUUCUUGAAAAUCAGGUCCCAGAAGAGUAGCCAAACAAAUUUAAAUUAUUAUUGACUUGGUGAUGCGCAAUUUAUUCGAAAAUUAUCAAAGAUAUUUUAUAAAAACACCAUAAGCAACUGACUUUUUGUACGAAAUGGCAAACUAGUUGUUUUGAUGUCGCAGACAACACAGCUACGGUACGAAUUUACGGGGAACGGCUACCAGAAGUAGGUAAACAUGCAUCCAAACUUCUGCUAGCCAUCAUAGACAUUUGCCUUCCUCGGAUCUUAAAGUCCCCAAUAUGGAUCAACUACAGUGGAACAUAAACAGUAAACUGAAAUCAUGAAACAAAGGGUUUCAGGAUGUUACAAUUGAAAGGGAUGAGUAUUAUUGUCAGUGAGAACCACAAGUAUGACAAAGUGUAGAUUGACUUCACCAUAAUUUGUUUACCCCUUUCAAAAUUGAGGGGUUGUUCAACCACUGCUCUAAACUUUUAAGAAGAGGGGUCUCCAUGACUUCAUCAUUUAAUUGAACCCUUCUUCUUUUUGCACCUUUCUGUCGAUGACCAUGGAAGUUUCCAAGCAGACGGUUCACAGGUUCCUGUUCAGGGGACAUAACAUGAUGCGUGUUCAUUUAUUCUAUUCCAACAAAUUGUCAUACUGAUACAGAAACAUCUAAGUUAGCCUAGCUAGCUGGUUCAAACAGAGCCCUAGCUGGUGCAAAACAAGAGAAGAGACCUUACAUUUCUGUCUCUGGUAAUACAGCUAUCAAUUGUUAAGGCAUGUUUGAAUGCUGUAAGCAGAAUUUGGUGUCUUUAACAGCUGUAUGCUAAGGUGCUUUUCUUUUCAUCAAAGUAGGGAUUUAUUCCCUUAUUAUUAAUGAGGAAAUCCUAAAUUGUACAAUCUGUUUAAUUUCUUAUACUUACAACAAGACCAAAGAUUUCUUUAAAUGCUUGUUUUUGUCUAUUUUCUGUCUCAUGGUUUUGAAAUGGGUUUGCCUUCUCAGAAUUUUGCUCAAAUAAAGCUUGCCGUGUUAUGUUUUGUAAUGCAUGAUUUUCUUCUUCCUCCAUAUUUAAAAGCUUAUUGGCAAUGUUAACACAUGCUGCCAUGACAGCAGCGGAGAUAAGAGUACUGGUAAUCUGUACAAUGUCAUCCAGAGCUUUUUGCAAGAGGUUGUAUGUUUCCUUGAUUCAUAAAAGAUAUGCUACACUCUUGUUUCUUAACUGUUCAUUUGGGAGAUCAUCUUUGUCUUCUUCAAAAAGUGCUUCAUCAAUAAGCAAAAGUAGUAUAGCGCGUCUGACUAGCAAUUCCCGCGCGGCCUGGGUCCGAGUUUGAGUAAUAAUUUAUUCAUUCCAUGUAGGUACACGUGUUAGGGUUAUUAUUUAAUUAUAUUUAUGACGUGUAGGUACACGAGGGUAAAAAUUGAUUAUUUAAUCAGCGAGUGUCUAGAUCGGCCAUCUUUGUUAUUAGAGAUAAAGGUCGGUUUGAUUUAUAUAUGGAACGGUAGCGUAAAAUUCAUCCAUGUGGGAUACCUAUUUGUGUGAUGCGCAUGUGCAAUCUUCUGAUUAAAAAUGUACGCAUGCGCAAUGCUUUAGAGCCAGCCCCUAUGUGGUAUGAAUGUCACGAAAUGCCCUAUGGCUGGUACUUAUGUGAUGUAAGACGUCACAAAAUGUUACGUGUGACGUCAUCUGCCCAGACUUGCCCACCCAAGCUAAAUCUCAAGAGAGAUGUUGUCUAAACUUGUCUAGGAUUUGCUCAAGAGUUGUCUAGUAUUGCUUAAGGCUGUCUGAAUCUCUAGGGGUUAGGAUUUAUUAUUUAAAGUGACGUCAUUGUAAGUAGAAGGAGUCAUAAACAUGCCUGUUUUUCAAUACCCCUACGAUUUUACGUGUACAUGCAAAACAUGUGUCUGCUUACAAUGCGUUUCACGUGGGUGCAUCAUCUUACAUCCAAUGUAUUACUUGGUUGGUUACUGACAUCAAGGCUAUGACAGAAUCUAAGCACUCUUUAAAAUGGUAUCGCUUACGCCAUAAAAACCGAGUUAUUCAGCCAGUCUCCAUUACCAUGGAUUGUGACAGAGCUCUCGAGAGUCCUAGAGAAAUUAUCUAUCGUAGUUAUCUCUGCUCCCCAUCUCGAGUACAACUUCGAUAUUGACCAGAGUAAGAAAAAAGGCCGCGCAAGUGUGUUGUUACAUCCAAUUCCGGGAUGGGAGGAUCCAAGGCUCAAAAGAAAAUUUCCAAUCUAAAACGCAAGAUUCGUCAGCAAGCAUCGAAACAUGUUCAUUCUUGUAAGGAAAAAGAUCUGGAAAUACAGGAAUUAAAACUAAGGGAAAGACAUCAUGAUAUUAUAUUUUGCGAUGCCUUACGAUACAUUUACCACCCCUAUGGAAACCAGAGAUGUAUCUACUAUACCAACUGGGAUAAAGAAGUCGCAGAUGGUUUCCAUUCUGCCUACCACGAAAUAGAUUACAGAUAGAGAGACAAAAUGUAAAACCAUGUAAAAGUUUAUGAAUUACAAAAAGUACGCUACGGGUGUUGAAUAAAAAUGUGUAAUAUUAUAAUUGUUUGAAUUGUAAUUAGUAGUUAACCAAAGAUAAUCUUCUAUAAGGGGUGCUGCUACAUCUUCCUCAUAAUCUACAAAACCCCAACUUAUGACUGGUGUGACAUUACAAAUCUGAUUCACAACCAUAAAAAAGUGAAAUUGGUUAAAAAGUACAACAAUUUCAUAAUCUUCCAUAUCUAAAAGACACCAUAGUGUGAAAAAAACUCGUCGAGAUCCUCCAGAGGGAAAUCAUCCAAAGGGAAUUCAUUCUAAAAAUGUAAAAAACUUAAUUUCAUAGUCAUUACUUGACCACGUCGUAGCCAACCACUCAUACCUAUGGAGCUCUCUUUCUUGGAUAUUAUAAAAAUAUUGUAUGAAUUGGUUUAUGUUAUACAGUGAAAGAACACAAUUUAAAAAAUCAACAUCUUGAAAAUAAACAGCUAAAUUAAAUUUUUCCAUGACUGAUAAUUCAAAUUUUAAAUUGCUAAAAAACAAAUAGAGGGCAUCUGUAUCCACAUAGUUUUGAUGUAUCUACGAAAGAGAAACCCCAUAUAAACGAAUAUAAAAAAGUUGACCAUAAAAGUAAUUUUGCAGUAAUUCCAUGGGUAUGCGAUUACUACCAGGUAGUAUUUCAACAAACGGUAACACGGAAUUAGGUAAGAUAUACAAAUAUAAAUAAUGAUUCCAGAAUUGUCUUGGCGUAUAAAAACUAUGUCGUUCUUCAGCAACUAAUUGUAACCUGAGGUAAAAAUUUCUCAUAAAACAUGCUUGUAUUGAAAAAUAACAUCUGGGAAGAGGUCGUUGAAAAUGUCUUCGUAAAGAACGAAUUAAAUAGUAUGUGGUAGUCUUUAUAAUCGGAAAUCUAACUAAAAGUCUACAGAUUGAUUCUUGAGGUAUCUAUAAAAUAGAAAAUAAACAUACUCGCAUAAAUAAAUUGCUAUGACAAUAAGAUCGGUUUAAUCUUCUUGUUUCGUAGAUACUCGCAUGUAUUCCUAACAUAUCACUUAUUACAGUAUUUUCUAAAAGAACAUCAAAAAGUAAUUGAUAAUAAAAUGUAUCGGGAAAUAAGUGAUGCACUUGAAAAAAAAUUUUGAAAUUCCAUACAAAAUUGCACAUGAAUCACAUAAUAUUCCAGUCUAUUUCUUAUAAUUCUUAGAGCUUGAAAAAGAGCUCUUAAAGAAUUUCGAAUGAAAUUUGUUUCUUGAUCAGUCACAUAGAGCAAACAUAAAGUUGACAGGUAAUCAUGUGGAGGAAUCUGAAAUCAUUAAAAAAAGUCUAAUUGAAUUACUAUUGUGUAAAAUGUCGUAAUAAAAAGAAAAAUGAGCUCAUAUAAAAUUCAGACUCUCCUACAUGUCAAUAAAAUUUAAAGAGCCAAAAAAAAAAAAAUGAUUAUCUAAAACGUUCACGAAACAUAUAGUGGCAAUAACGAAUAGAAUCACGAUUUGAAUGCGCAGGGAAACGCAAUUGAAACCUAAAAAAUUGGUGUAGUACUCUUCUAAUGUGAUGAAAAAAAGCUACUAAAAACUCAGCGAAAGGAAAGUGUUGAGUCAAAAACAAUCUGCGUAUAUGAGCUGGAACGAUUUCAUCGAUAUAGCGUUCAAAAUACGUGUUAAAAUCUGGAGGUUUAUAAAUUUCAAUUCGAAUCAAAUCAUGUUCCACAUCCAGUCUAGUAAGAAUAUUCCGCAUAUCAGUGAUCAGACGAAGUAAAUAAUUGCUCAUAAACUCAUGAUCGACGAUAAAAUACGAUGCUUCAAAUACGUCAUGCAUCUAAAGAUGAAUAGAAAAAAGGUUGUCUUAGUUUUUCAAAAUGUUUUUUUUUUUUUGAAAUGUUCACGCAAACAACGAUUCGUAAAAUAAAAAACACACAUACCUGUUGAAUCCUGGCUUCGAGCGCUCCAGGUUGAAGCAAUGCUUCCAAAUCUUGGAUGGCCUGUUGUCUUUGUGCUUCUCUCCUUGCCAAAUUCUCGUUUAUCGGUGGAUUUCUUAUUGGAUCGAUGGCGGCUUGGGCAGCAAAUGGUCGUCGGCAGUGUCCACAUGCAGCCGAUGUAUGGACAUGUUGCUGGUAACAUGCACGGUGAACUCGUCUUGUACAGCAUGGUGUCGCUGUAGCAUUAUACAUGUUUACAGUAAUUGAAGUCAAACAGAUGAAGCAAUCGUAGGGCGCUCCGUCUUCUUCGACAUCCUGACGUCUUAAUCGUCGUGAUCUUCUAACAGGAGGCAUCUAAAAAAGAAAAGCAAAGUAAAAUGUUAAAAAAGCAAAUCUAGCACAUAAAAAACGAAUCGCAAUCACAAACUUACCUUGUGUCACACUUGGAGUUCACGUAGAAGAUCACACACACGUCAAAACUUCUUCUUACUGAUAAAGUAGUCAAAUCGUAGUCAAAACCUUGAACCAACAGUUGACGCUUCUGCUUUAAACGCAAGUUGAAAAGUGGAAAGCGUUUCAACUACGUUUUCGAAUAAAACAGAGCCCCUUAGGGAGAAUAAUUAAACAAAUUUGAAGCUGCCUGAGGCUGCCCAAUCCCCUAAGGAAAUCGUCGCCAAUCAGAGUCGUUGUAUACAGCCUGAAAAAUUUGAAAUUGAAAUUUCAGUUGACGCUUCUGCUUUAAACGCAAGUUGAAAAGUGGAAAGCGUUUCAACUACGUUUUCGAAUAAAACAGAACCCCUUAGGGAGAACAAUUAAACAAAUUUGAAGCUGCCUGAGGCUGCCCAAUCCCCUAAGGAAAUCGUUGCCAAUCAGAGUCGUUGUAUACAGCCUGAAAAAUUUGAAAUUGAAAUUUCAGUUGACGCUCCUGCUUCAAACGCAAGUUGAAAAGUGGAAAGCGUUUCAAUUACGUUUUCGAAUAAAACGGAGCCCCUUAGGGAGAACAAUUAAACAAAUUUGAAGCUGCCUGAGGCUGCCCAAUCCCCUAAGGAAAUCGUCGCCAAUCAGAGUCGUUGUAUACAGCCUGAAAAUUUCGAAAUUCGAAUUUCAUAAAAAACUACUACAAAGCUUGCGCCAUCAUCUCAAAGGCUGCAGAUGUAGAUGAAGAAGUAGUAAAGUGUAAAGUUGUAGAUUGAAUUGAGGGAUCGAGCGAUGGCGAAACGAAAGUUUGACGAAGUGGAAUAUGGGGAUGACAGUAUUUCGGAUGACUUAUUAAACGAAAUUGGAGAAGUCUUUGAAAAUCAAUAUGGCAACGAUGUGACAGACUCGCAAAUGGUUCAAUUUGGUCGUGAAUUGGAUCAACAACAAUUAGAUGCCCUCGACAUUGGUUUGGAUGAACAGCCUGAGCAAAUUGGUGGUGGUAUGCCCUUGUUUGAAUUUGAUUUUCAAAAAUUUGGUCUCCCCAAGCGGUGGAAGAAAUCAGUGGCGAAUCAACAAAGAUAUCGCGCCACAUUAAAACAGAGGCGUAACCCAACAAAGAACGAUAAUGUGUGAAAAGAAGUCACGGAGGCUUUAGUCAGGUAAGAUGAUCAUGAUUUAGUUUCUGUCGUUAAGUAAUUGCUACGAGCACUAUGAAACAGACAUAGAUAAAAAUCAUCAUGUGUCUUCGAUAUAUGGAGAAGCUGACCUAGCAAUAUCAAAACUUGUCUUAGAAAUCAAAAAUGAAAGAGAAAAAACUGCUAGAUCCUUAAGGACCUUUUUUAUUUCUUAAAUCGAUGAAAGAAACACUCCAUCGCAAAAAAGUUACCGACCAGUGGCAAAACAAGACAUUGAAAGAUACAGAUGAAGUGUUUUUAAACUUUAAAGCCGAGAAAUUUGACCACCAUGUACAAACACAACGCUUUACUGUCGGUGAAAUCAUGAAUGGAAAUGGCGAAGAGCGAUUUGGUGCAUAUAUGAACCAACUGGCCAAUCAACUUAACUCGAAUGAAUCUUUUAGCCCUGAGGAUAAGUUCGCCGUCGACCUCACCAUCGUGCCAAAACCAAAGGAAGGUGGUAAAUCUAAAUUAACAAAGGGAAGACAUAAUAUUGAAGAUGUUCUCCACAACAAACAAUGUGUGUUACCGAUUAAAAAUUCAGAAGACAACCUUUGCCUUGCAAGAGCCAUUUGUCUAACAAAAGCCCACUUGCAUAAAGACGAUGGUGUAGAGGGAAAGCGUUACUAUAAGAAUCUUGGAAAUAAUCCGAAUGUGCUCACCCGAUGCGCCAAAUUCCUUCACAAGCAAGCUGGUGUGCCCGAAGGCCCUUGUGGGCAUGCUGAAUUAGAAAAGUUUCAACAGUACCUGGCGCCCGACUAUCAGUUGAAAGUGAUGACCACAUGCUAUCCAUAUUGCAUUACGUUUCAAGGAAACGUGGAAUCACCAAAGUACAUCAUCCGCCUCCUGUAUCAACCAGAGUAUGAAAGCGAUAUGGGUCAUUACCAUGGAUGUACGUCUUACCUCGGAUUCCUGGAAAGAUCGUAUUUUUGUGACACGUGCAACAAAGGCUUUGACCAUGACGACUUCCGCAACCACCCAUGCGAGGGCCGUCGCUGUAAAGCAUGCAAGCAGACCAAAUGUGGUACAAAACCUCACGAACCCACUCUCCACUGCUCAGCCUGCAACCGCCAUUUUUACAGUCAGAACUGCCUCGCCUUACACCGCGCAAAAAACAUCUGCAUGACCCUAGUACGAUGCGGUAACUGUUGCAAACAAUUUCAGCCAGACCCCCAACAGCUACACCGUUGUUACUUUGGAAAAUGCUCUAACUGUAAGGAGUACGUGGACCUUAGAGAACACAAAUGCUACAUUCAAUCCAUCCCUGAACAAGAAGAUUCACCCAAACAGAAAACGAAAGCCAAAAUCAAGAAGCAUUUAAAAAUAAACCCUGAGGCAUCCGUGUACGAAGAACCACCCAUCUUCGUCUACGCGGACUAUGAAGCCAUGAUCAGCGAAGACGGAACACACCUACCCAUUUGCGUCUGCGCUCAAACUUCCGACAACAACACCUCCUUCACGUUUUAUGGCGACGAUUGCAGUAAACAGUUUCUGGAAUUCUUGACGAACCUUACCGAAGAUCAGUACAAAGAACCGCGUGAAGUCAUCUGCAUAUUCCAUAAUUUAAAAGGGUAUGAUUCCAUUUUCAUACAGCAUCAGCUUGUGAUAGAAGGAAGAAAAUUCGAUGUGAUGAUUCCUAACGGCACAAAGAUGAUUUCUCUGGAAGCUGGUAAAAUCACAUUUAAAGAUUCCAUGGCUUUUCUUCCCAUGGCUCUAUCCGCAUUUACCGACAUCUUUGGUCUCACCAAGUUGAAAAAAGGCUUCUUCCCACACAAGUUUCAUACGCAAGAAAAUCAAAGUUAUGUGGGUCCGUUACCUGAAGUUUCUUACUAUGAUCCGGAGGGAAUGUCGAGUAAGAAAAAAGAAGAAUUCGAAGUGUGGUAUAGAGAAGAAGCAGCCAAACAACACCCAUUUGAUCUCAAAGAAGAACUGCUUGCAUACUGUCACUCAGAUGUUGCGUUACUGAAAGCUGGAUGUCACAAAUUCAUUAAAGAAUUUAAAAGCAUCGCCGGUUUCAAUCCUAUGGAAAAAUGCGUUACGAUUGCCGCAGCGUGUAACCCUUAUUGGAGGAGGAAAUAUUUACCCUUAGAUCUCAUAGCAGUAGAACCUUCAUCGGGGUGGCGAGGUGCCUGUAUGAAUCACUCCAAAGCAUCGUUGGAAUGGUUGAUGUGGCAAGAAUACAAUACCGGAAGUAGAAUUCAGCACGCAUGUAACGGAGGAGAGUAUCGUAUCCCUGUUGACCCUACCUCGUACUUCGUGGAUGGUUACGAUGCACAGACCCGCACAGUCUACGAAUUUCACGGGUGCCUCUAUCAUGGUUGUCGUACCUGUUACACCAAUCGCAAACAAAUUCCGUUCUGUUCCAAUGGGUUGACCGUAGAAGCCUUACGCCAACAGACCAGUCAGAAAAUCCAAAAACUCCGUGGUAAAGGGUAUCGAGUGGUGGAAAUCUGGGGGUGCGAAUGGGAGAAAGAGAAGAAAGAAACACCAGCCAUUACCGAAUUUCUAAAAGAUUUGGAUAUCGUCCCUCCUUUGAACCCAAGAGAAGGUUUUUACGGUGGUAGAAUGGGCGCCGCCUGCCUGUACCAUAAAGUAAAUGAAGAAGAAAGAGAAGAAAUCCGCUACAUCGACGUAGCCUCUGAGUACCCCUACGUAAACAAGUAUGGUACGCACCCUGUAGGCCACCCGGACAUCUAUUUGGAACCAGAGAAUCAAGACCCUAGAAGUUACUUUGGCUUGAUGACUGUGGACAUCACCCCACCCGCUGAGCUGUAUAACCCAGUCUUACCUUACUGUCAUAAAAUUGGAAACUCCUACAAGCUGACCUUCCCGUUAUGCCGUAAGUGUGUAGAAAUAGAGACACAGAAAGAACACAUGCUGGAAUGCGACCAUCACUGCCCAAACAGUGAUGAAGAACGAAUGUUACGAGGCACCUGGUGUACCCCAGAGAUACAUAAAGCAAUCGAAAAAGGAUACCGACUCGUCCGAAUUCAUAAAGUAUGGGACUUCCCGCAGCGUCAAAAAGGUCUGUUCCAGCCGUACGUGGACACCUGGUUAAAAAUUAAGCAAGAGAGCGGUGGCUACCCAAACUGGGUGCGGACCGAUACGCAAAAAGAAAAAUACAUUCAUUGCUCUGAAGAUAAAGAAGGUAUCCGACUCGACCCUACCAAGAUCGUCAAGAACCCCGGAAGAAAAGCCACAGCUAAACUCAUGCUUAACUCCUUCUGGGGGAAAUUUGGCCAACAAAACAAUAAAUCGAAGACCAAACAAUGCACGCAACCCUACGAACUCCUAGAUCUGCUUGACGACCCUCUCUUCACCAUGACAGACAUCCGUAUUCUUAAUUCCGAAGUAAUAGAAGUAUCGUAUAAACGCGAUGAAGAAGAUCCUUACAAAGGGAGCAAUACUAAUAUUUUCAUCGCAGCAUUUACCACCUGUUUGGCCCGCCUUAAAUUGUACGAAUCGUUGGAGAAGUUGGGUGACCGAGUCUUAUAUUACGAUACAGACUCAGUCAUAUAUACAUGGAAACCGGGGCAGACAGAAAUCGAGCUUGGCGACUACCUUGGCGACAUGACCAACGAGCUUGACAAUGAUGACUUUAUUGUAGAAUUCAUCUCCGCAGGUGCGAAGAACUAUGGGUAUCAAACAAAGAAUGGUAAAGUGGUGUGCAAAGUAAAGGGAUUCUCGCUGAAUGUAUGUGGUGCCAAACAGCUGAAUUACAUCAUCCGCCAAAAUAUUUUGGAUGAGGUUCUUCACCCGUUAGAUGAACAAAGAAAAACGCUGGUAGUCAACCCGACCCACUUUGUCAGAAACCCCACUGUGAAAAAAAUUAAGACUGAGACUCAGACUAAGUCGUAUCAACUCGUGUUCAACAAGCGAGUUUUAGAUCAUUUGCACGGUUUUAAGUCUUAUCCUUACGGAUAUUCGCGACUGGAUGCACAAGAUUUGGAGAACAUGGUCUUGUUGCUUUUAUAAAAAAAAACAACAAAACAAAACAAAAAAAAACACAUUGACACUCAAAGCGAACAUUUUUUUAAUUAUUUUUUAAAUAAAACAAAGUUUUAAAAAAGUUUUCAUGACGUGUUUGUUAAUUCUUAAAGUAAACGGUUAAUUCUUGAAUCCCUUGGGUGACCACUUCCAUUUCGGUGAGGCGUACUACUUUUCAUAACUUUUCAUAAUAAUCCCUUCAUGUUUCUUCGAUUUGUUUUUCUUGAGUAAUCAUGCAUAAUUUAUAUUUGCAGCAUCGACAUGAAUACACUCGCGGCAUCUUUAGUGUCUACAACUUUACAAAAAACACUACACUGAACAUUUUCUAUGUUGUUCAAUAUUAUCAAGCCAUUUCUUUGAAAAAUAAGUUCUUUCCUCCCCGUUACGUAUCAUUUCUUUUAAUUGGAGUUCUUUUUUAUCUUCCCAUGUAUGAUCCGUUUGCAUUUCUUUCUCUUCUUCUUUUCCUGGGCUUCGGUUUUUGGCGGCGGCGGCUUCAGACAGACAGCCUCUGGCUGCCUCUUUUUGGUUAAACAUGUUAUCUCACUCGUCUAAAAUGCAAUGUGACUAUAGAAGCGCCGUCUGUAAACUGAGCCAAAUUAUUAUUUUCUGACUCACUCAUCUGUGUUUCCACCACAGUGAUGUGAUUCUUACGUAACUUGAUGUAAUGAAUCUGCUUGGGUUCGUAAUAAUAAUUUCCUUCCAAGAUUGGUUGGUAGUGUAUUUGACGUAUAAGAUCAGUCGUCUGAUCUUCCACGCAUACUGGAGCACAAAGCGAGGAAUACAUAUACAAGGUUCGUGGGUAAGGUAAAUUUAAGUAGGUACUUCUCUUAGUAUUGAUAAAGGUCCAGUUCAGAUCGCUAAGAAGAAAUCUAUGAUAUUUCUCCGCAAAUCGGUCUUUCCAUGGGAUCUCAUAUCUGUAAUACGCCAAACUGGAUGUAGUAAGCCUCCUAUCAUAACUCCACACCGUACCACGUUUAGUCACUGUGAGAUUAUGCGCCGGUCGUGAUACAUUACAAUUCUCUUCAAUAGGACCACUAACAAUACGACCAUAAGGAACUGUUGUUUUUUUCGUCCAACCAAACAACUCACACAUGUCUCGAGGUAACUCAAAAUAGAGACCGUCACGAAUUUCUUGAUGAGUUAUAUCAGUCGAUUUUACCUUGUCUACUGUUACAGUAAUCGUUUCUUUAUCCUCAUCCGCAAUCACUUCAAAUUGUGCACUGUGUCCUGAAGAAAAAUGACUCCCAAAUGCCGAGCCCAUAUUCAUAAUACAUUUUAAACGUUCUUCAUCAAACAAGGAUUUGAGUAAAUCGUGAACUGUCUCGAUACGAUGUUGUUUGAUGUUUCCAUACAUGACAUUGUAAGUCACUUUAUGUUGUAUAUCCCCAGUGGCUACUUUAAUUCGUCCUGUGGUUAGCAAGACAUCAUCGUCUUUUAAUCCUUUGAGGUAACUGGACACCUUAGAAUCGUGUGGAAGCGAAAUACUACUCAAUCCCACUUCCCACUCUCCUUCUAAAUCGAUGCGUUUGUCUAAUCGAUUUUUCCAAGAAUUGUUUUUGUUGUCUGGAAAAUAUUUCAGACUCCCAUCGUUACUGGGUAACGUCAAGUAAAAAGUAUCACCUGACAUGAUGUGCUCUCGAUAACAACACAACUACAAAUGAACCGGAGACACACACUGUGUUGCAUUUUCACAAGUUUUAUUUCAUCAUUGUAGAGGCGUUACAAUUUUGUUUUAAGUUUAGCUUGCAUGAUUCGCUUCACAAUUUGCUCGGUUAAACUCUUCUUGCCUGGAAACUUAUCGAUUCCAGCUACCAUCUUACGAUCUGCAAUAUGUUUGUCAGCGAGUGAUUUAGCUUUACUGUAAUCAAUAUCGUGCUGUUUGGCUAAUCUAUCAAGACGAUUAAUUCCUGGAUCACCACGUUUUAAUCACUUGGCUAAUUUUGUACCUGGACCCAUAUACUGGUAUCCGGGCCAAUGAAACUCGACACCUAACUUUGAAAUCCAUUUCUGAAUAUCAAAUUUUCCUCCUCUCUGUCAUUUCCUUUUAGCCUUAGCUUGGACGGUUCUUGCCCCUCCCUUUGCCUUUCUUUGACUUUGGCGUUUCGUCAUCUUCAAACACUUGAUACGGGUCGUAACCUCUCUUUUCCCAAGGUUCCCAGUUACCAAAUUCUUUGAGUCGUUCCAACUCCGUGCGAUGCUUUUGCGGUGUGGGAACAGGAAGCUUUCGUUUCGUUUUUUGUAUCUUUUGGGAUGGAGCUGUGAGAAAAGGAAUCUUGGACGUUCCCGGUUUCGCAGGGGUGACGGGUUCGUUCUUGAUCCCCACAGGUGUGACAGGUUCCCUCUUGAGUGUCAUCUGUGGUACGGCGGCUUGUCCCCUCAUAUUUAUGGAUUUAAUGAGUUCUUUUAACAAUCCCUCUUGCAACCCCUCCAUGAGAUUACCAUCAUCGUCUCGAGGUGGAGGUUCUACACCACCGGCGAUAGGAAUCUGUCUCAAUUUGUCAGUAAGCUUGCGUUCUUGCAUUAACAAUUCUUUUACCACAGGUUCUUUUAAAGCAGCAGGAGUAGAUGUAUCUUCUAAUAACAGUUUUGCUUCGGCGGCCACGCGUGCGGCUUUGUCCAGAAGAGUACUUUUAGUAAUUUUUCCCUUGUAAUAAUCUACCAAAGCUCGAAACUCAUCGGGUUUCACCAUUAAGAACGUCUCCAUAAUCACCACAAGGGUUCCACCACACGUAUACGCAACCACUGAAACAGUUGAACUAUUGUGAGUCUACACUCGGUUGAAUCCUUAUAGUCACAGUCGUCGUCGUCGUAGUUGAAUUGCAAAUCAAACUUUAUACCCGUGUCCACUUCAUUUAUACCCUCUUGCACGGUGACAGUGACAGUCAUGAUCUCUUGAAACACUGACAGAACGCGUCGUUCAUACCACUCCAAAAGCUACCGCCUGUUUGAUUCACAAGUAAUUGACACCGCUUUCUUAAAGAGUUCCUCCAUUUACCCAACUCUCUCAACAUCACUCUAUAUUUCUUGAGUUUGGCAACGGUGGGCGGUGAUAAAGGUAUCUUUUUCUUCAACAUGAUCAACGUGAAUUCACUGACGGCAUUGAUUUGAUCUUUACUAGCGUGAAGUAAUUUUUUCCAUACGACGCUUUCUAUUUUUUCUCUUGUAAAAUAGAUUUUAAAAAAUCCACAUUUCUCUUGAAACUAUUAAUCAUCGCUUUUUCUUUGUAAGAGCUUCUAGGCCUUUUUUAGCCCCAAACGAUACAGCUCCUCCAAGGGCACUUAAACCCAAUGCUUUACCUCCAGCAAUGAGGGCUGGAAUGAGUGCCGCUAAUGGUAGGAUACCUCCUUUUUGUCCUCUUUUGGUUAGUCUUCUUUUCACUCUUCUUCUCCUUCGGGUUGUGGGCAUACUGCGCUUAUAACCAGGCAUCUUUCUUAUUUAUUUCUCUCUGUAACAGCGUAUACACCCUUCGUGUCGUAACAAGUGACUUAAAAGUCUCUUAGAAUCUCUACUUGCAGGGUGUACGUCAAAUAACAAAUAACCAUAGGGUCUGUCCGUACAUGCAUUAUAUAUAUCCAUAACAGGUGACAUUCAUGUGGUGAGAAUAUUGUGUGAAAAGAUUAAGUAUUUCUCUGUCAUCUCCUCCCUCCGACAUGAGAUCAUCCAAGACAAGAAUACCCCCUCGUUUAUCUCCAAACCAUGUUGUUAAAUCGUCGUGGGUAGGCACUCCUUUAAAAAAUUCUAUGCCAUGGCGUUGCAUGUCGUCAAACUUAUUUUGCCAGGAUCCAUAACAGUAAUGCACGCGGGGCGGUCUUUCGUCAAAGAGGUCUAAAUUUUCCAAAAGUAGGUGAUGGAGAAAGGUGGUUUUUCCACAACUUGUGGGGCCCACAAUCAAAAUAUUGGAAGGGGAUUUGAACGAAAAUCCUGGUUCCACACACUUGAACAUGAUUGCUAAAAGCGAGUUACACAAAAGUGACACGAUUUUAUUUCAUUCCUUUUAUUUUAUUAACGAUUGAAUGAUGUCUUCUAACAUGUCGCCUACUUUAUCAUCGUUGCCUACAUAAUCCUUUUUAGAAAACAUGGAAAAAAACUCAUCCAUACUCUUGCGUCUUGCUUUACACAUUAAAUAAAUGAUGGCAUAGUUUCCACAACUUGCGGUUUUUACAGAUUGUAAUGCUCGAGUAUUUUUAUGCACGUAAGGCCAUCGGUUUAACCAUACAAUGAAUGGUGUCAGAAAUUCAUAGGUGGUUAAAUCUAAACCAUAACUAUCUAAAAUUUCACAGCUAUCGUGUUCGGUCCACACAGCUAUCCAGUGUUCCCCAGGUUUGUCUGCAGGGUGGGUAUUGACAAUGUAAGCUCUCGGUUUCACACGUUCAGGCGACUCGGGUAGUUCGUCACAGGCUAAAGCACUCACAAAGUACUUGUGGAGUUCUGGAUCGCUAUCCGCUAAAACGUUGAGUUGAUUCGUAGUCAGCCACACAAACUCCAUCACUAAUGCACUUCCAUCGUGGUAGCUCCUUUAAUGCCAUCAAUUUCCAUAAUGCCUUCAUAUUCAGCAUAAACGAUCACCGUUUUCUGACUUGCUUGCCCUGCACAUUUAAUGUGAAUGUUGAUGAAGCCUUCAUUUUUAGGUAGAAGAACCGGGUCAUCGUGUCUUCCAUUGGCCACAUUGGAAAACGCAAACAGCGUGCAAUUUUUUCCAUGACCCCAGUCUUUGAAUCGCACCAUGUUUCCUGCAUUUCUGUACAGACAGCCAGUAGCAUCCAGAAAUCGGUGAUAACCCACCAAGUCUUUUUGACCAUUAGCCGUGUUGAGUUCCAAAGUCUCGCAUGGGUAUUCUUCUCCAUUCACAAUUUGUUUGAUGUAUUCCACCCCAAAUUUUCCAAAGGCCAAGGGGUCUUUGUUGUAUUGACCAUUGAAUGCAGUAGUUUUCAGAAUACCAAUGAUGACUCUUUGGGGCACCUUUCCAUUGAAUGGGUUGUUGAUUUCUUUAGAAGUGGCCCCAUUGUCUAAGGGAAACUGUCUCAUCUCGGUACGGAUCAUGGGAUACUUGGUUGGGGUUUUGGUCAUCAUACUCAUCAUGCUCAUGUAGACGGCUGGAUUUAGGGACACCAGACAUAGAAAGAAGGUAAGUUUAAUAUCCUCCGGGUUGACUCGGACUUCCUCACUGGGUGGAUUGGCUUCUCCAUUCAUGAAUAAAGCUGCUGGAUUCAGAUAAAAUUCCAAUUCCAAAAGAGUUUUGGGGACGAUCCAUUUUCCUUUGUGAAACGCGUCUAUAAACGGUUUCAUUCUCAAGAUUCUCCUCUUUCCUCCUGCAUAGUAAUCUGUUGCAUCUGCUCUCUGUCUCUUGAUGCUUUCUUGAUGAUUUAUGGAAAGAGCUGUAUACGCAUCAUCAUCCAUCUUGACAUUUGCAGCGGUGUAGGUUACAGGAGAAUCAAUUUCAUUCCGCCAUCCAGCUGGUUCGAGUAUCGUCUCUCCAUCAUUCCUGUCAUAAUUAAGGAUGGUCUGUAUGAAAGCUUUAAGAUGGUACAUGUCUACUUGUUCGGUGAGUAAGGUACCAUUGGCUCUGAAAUUGAUUUGCUUGAAGAGGGUGUGUGCAAUAUUGUUGGCUGGUGAAGUCAUCACACCCACAUUGUUUGCGCGUGCUGUGAGACUGGCAUUUUCUGUGGUUUUGAAACCCAAAUCCAGUUGGACAAAACUUCUCGAAAGAUCGAUGAGAUCUGAUUGUCGUUCCACGUACACUUGGAUAGGAGUAAUACUAGAUGUCUGAGGUGGUAUUUUGACAUAUCGGUACUUUACCGUAGAAAGAUCUGUAGGUGGUAUUCUAAAGAGAUCUAGACUUGAAUUCUGCUCUGCCCCUUUGAUAGACAUGGUGAUGUGUCUGUUUCAACGUCUUCUGCGUUUAUGCACACGUUGUCGUGUUCCUAUUUUCUUUAUACGACUUGUGAGAAAUCCUCCUCGUUGCUGUUGUUUUCUUCUUCUCCCUUUAUACCUUUUUAAGAUGGAAGACACAGGAUCUGUCGGUGAUGUUGUGCCUACACCAAUGAUAGGAUCACUUUAACGUACGGUGCUGAUGCGGACCAUGUUUUAUUCUCCAAAAAUAUCGUUCAACCUCUUGGCAACUUUUCUCUUCAAUUCGUUCUUGAGCGCUUGGGAAGCCCCUCUCUUUAUACCUCGCGGCACUUCUGAUAAUGAACGCUUUUUGACACUGCUUUUAAGGCCUCCUGUUACACCUUUCAAAAAAUUUUUAGCCAUGUCUUUGACUCUGGCACCUAUUUGAGGAUCACCCCAGGAUCCGAUAAAAGGUGGUGGGGCAUAAGGUGAGGGGGUCUGCCAGCGCAUGAGACCACCACCUCCUUGUUCAUUUGGCACAUACACUUUAAAGCGUGUCAAACUUCCUCCUCUCAUGAUGUGAUCACCACAAACACACAAUUCACUUUAAAUCUUUUUUAUUAAUCCAACUGUUAUAUUUGCUAGGGUACCCUUUCCACUUGACAAACAAUUUAUCCUUUUGUCUCUUUAAUACUUUUUCCACUCGAAAAUAAGUCGCUUCAUCUACAUGUACUUUUUGCAAAUCCCACACAUAAAAUGUGCCUUGUAAGGGCGUGUCAUCCAAUUCUUGCACUUUAUAGGUCGUUACCAUUCCGGGUACGACUUUACAAACUUGAAACACUUCUUCCGUCUAUCCUGGUAGAUACCCUUUCUUAAACGGUCUAAAUUUUUUAUUCAAUCGGACUUUAUCGUCUACUUUAAAUGCAGGCUUUUUUUCUUUCUUAGUCUGAUAUUUCCCAUACAAAUUGUUCCACACUUCUUUGGCAUUGAAUGUGGUGACUUUAGCUGGUGUGGUUUUAAUACUCCUGUGAUAGGUGCGAUUGUAUUGAUUGACAAGUUUGGGCAAUAUGUCUACAUAUUUGAGUGUGUUGGCAGCCGUGAAAUAGCGAUACAAUUUCGAUUUAAGGGUUCUAUUAAAUCAUUCGACGAUACUGGCUUUGGCAUCUCCAUGAGUAGAAAAGUGAUGAAUCUCCUGUGUUUUCAUCAAUGAUUGAAAGGUCUGAUUGUAAAAUUCUUUGCCUGCAUCUGUCUGUAACGUCUGAGGUUUCCUUCCUUUGGCUUCCUUGAGUAUUUUUGCAAACGUAUCCGUCACAUCUUUUCCUGUUUUCUUUUUAAUCGGCCGGGCCCACGCGUAUUUGGAAAAGGCAUCGAUCAUGACCAAUACGUAUCGGUAUCCCUUGUUCUGUUUGGAUAGGGUCUGUGCUUCGAUCAAAUCUGCUACCCAUUGUUGAUCAAUGUCGAAUGUUUAUGACUCCUUCUACUUACAACGACUUCACUUUAAAUAAUAAAUCCUAACCCCUAGAGAUUCGGACAGCCUUAAGCAAUACUAGACAACUCUUGAGCAAGUCCUAGACAAGUUUAGACAACAUCUCUCUUGGGAUUUAGCUUGGGUGGGCAAGUCUAGGCAGAUGACGUCACACGUAACAUUUUGUGACGUCUUACACCACAUAAGUACCAGCCAUAGGACAUUUCGUGACAUUCAUACCACAUAGAGACUGACUCUAACGCAUUGCGCAUGCGUACAUUUUUAAUCAGAAGAUUGCACAUGCGCAUCACACAAAUAGGUAUCCCACAUGGAUGAUUUUUACGCUACCGUUCCAUAUAUAUCAAACCGACCCAUAUCUUUAAUAACAAAGAUGGCCGACAUGGACACUCGCUCAUAAUUAGUCCAUUUCUACCCUCGUGUACCUACACGUCAUGAAUAUAAUUACCCAAUAACCCUAACACGUGUACCUACAUGGCAUAAAUAAAUUAUUACUCAAACUCGGACCCAGGCCGCGCGGGAAUUGCUAGUCAGACGCGCUAUACUACUAGCAAAUCACCAGCUUGCUCUUCAGGCUCAAUUUCUUGCACUAAAUCUUGUGGUUGUUUAACGUCCUCGAGUUUUAAAAUUCUCGCACUUCGCACUCGAAUUUUAAAACUUGAUAAAACACUGCUGCUUGUGUUUUAAACAUUACAAAAAGCAAAAAACUGCUCAGCUAAAAUAUCCCUCCUGGGGACCACUGCACCCAACUUUCUUUUGUACAUAAUUCAUCUAGUACCCAGAAUGCUAAUGAUUACCGCUGUGCCAUAUGCAUAGAGGUUUGCCAUCUUUCUGUAUGCUUUUGUGGUUUUCUCUCCUUGUCAUCAUAUUGUUUGCAAUUGCUUGUAACAUCAAUUUCUUCCUCCAGUAGAAUACUCUUAUCAAAGAAUCUCGCAAAUACUUUUUUUCACGUCUUUUAAACGUAAACAUUGGUGCAAAAUAACAUUUUGUUAGAUUGACUCGUCGAAAAAACAUUUAUUCAGUUUAUUUGGGAAAGAAAAAGUGGGGUUUCUAUUUUCCUGAUUGCAUCCCAGACGAUUCCCAACAUUGCCGAUAGUAUAGGAGAUUGCAUAAAUGCAAGUGCAAUUCAGGGUUUAUGGGUAUGAAUGAUGCUAUGCGUUCCUCAACUCCAAUGGGAGAGCCUAAGCAGUAGUUUACAACAACACUUCAGUAUAAUGAGGCUGGACCUGGUUAUUCACAAUAACUUGCAUCUAUGUUUCGCAUAGCCACAAGUUGAAAACCUUGUGUAAAACAUAACUGAAACAUGUGAAUGUGGAUAAUCAAGAGAUUUAAAGUGCAUAUCACCCCUGACAUGAGAAUGCCAACAAAGGAACUCGAGCUUGAAUAAAUAUGAAUGCCGUUUAUUUUGCUUUGAUAUCAUCAUCUGUUCCAGAGACAUGGCUUUUUUAAACUCUAUGCGAAUUAGAUGACAUCACAUUUGACCAAAACUACCAGGCCUAAUAGUUGCCCACUUCUAUGACUAAUCCAAAAAUGCUUGACUCUACAUAUGUUUGUUGCAGGGUUAUGGAGGUUGAAUUUAUAAUGAGUCAAACCAGACGUCACCAACCAUCUAAUUAGCAUACAUAUUUAUGAUUAAAUAUCUACAGCUUAAAAAACAAUCAAAAUACAAAAUCAAUGACAUAUGUAAUAAAUUUAAUUUGGAAUCAAAUAGCACUCUAUUAUCUAUUUAUGCAUUUGCUCUUGCAGGUUUUAGUAAGUUUAUAUUUACCACAGCUGGCCAAUGACCACCACAGAGAGGGUAUUUUGCAAGAAUUACUUGGUUAACUAUUGAAUUCAAUGAUUGAGAAUCAAUGAUUAGGAGUAAGCGAACUUUGUGUCAUGCAAUUUUGCUCUGAAAUCAUACUUGUGAUUUCAAAUCGAACAAGUGCACUAUUACCACUUUAUUUCAUCCAUGUUGAAAUCAAAUAAUAACAAAUUAUCGGCUUAUACUAUUUUGCGAAACGAAACGAAACGAAACGAAACGAAACGAAACGAAAUCGGGUCAGAUGAAAUAAAACAAAAGGAAUAAUGCAGAUAUAUUUUCAAAUAAGGUAAAGAUAACUUUCACAAGGAUUUUGGAGUAAUCGUUCAUUAAUAAGAAGGAUUUUUAUUCAUUUCGCAAAAUAGUAAUUUUAGGAGAGUUACUAUUUUGCGAAAUGGACUAUUUUCACUCUGCGGUGACAACGUGACCUCUUUCAUGUCGCGAAAAUACAUUUAAACAUUACAAAUUAGUAUAUAACCGAACAUUUUGGCCUCCUCUUAUUUCUUAAACCGUAUUAAAAUAUAUUUCGCAAAAUAGUAAUUUUAGGAGAGUUACUAUUUUGCGAAAUGGACCAUUUUCACCCCUGCGAUGACAACGUGACCGCUUUCAUGUCACAAAAAUACAUUUAAACAUUACAAAUUAGUAUAUAACCGAACAUUUUGGCCUCCUCUUAUUUCUUAAACCGUAUUAAAAUAUAUUUCGCAAAAUAGUAAUUUUAGGAGAGUUACUAUUUUGCGAAAUGGACCAUUUUCACCCCUGCGAUGACAACGUGACCUCUUUCAUGUCACAAAAAUACAUUUAAACAUUACAAAUUAGUAUAUCACCGAACAUUUUGGCCUCCUGUUAUUUCUUAAACCGUAUUAAAAUGUAUUUCGCAAAAUAGUAAUUUUAGGAGAGUUACUAUUUUGCGAAAUGGACUAUUUUCACCCUGCGGUAACAACGUGACCUCUUUCAUGUCAAAAAAAUUCAUUUAAACAUUACAAAUUAGUAUAUCACCGUACAUUUUGGCCUCCUGUUAUUUCUUAAACCGUAUUAAAAUGUAUUUCGCAAAAUAGUAAUUUUAGCAGAGUUACUAUUUUGCGAAAUGGACUAUUUUCACCCCUGCGGUGACAACGUGACCUCUUUCAUGUCACAAAAAUACAUUUAAACAUUACAGAUUAGUAUAUCACCGUACAUUUUGGCCUCCUCUUAUUUCCUAAACCGUAUUAAAAUGUAUUUCGCAAAAUAGUAAUUUUAGGAGAGUUACUAUUUUGCGAAAUGGACCAUUUUCACUCUGCGGUGACAACGUGACCUCUUUCAUGUCGCGAAAAUACAUUUAAACAUUACAAAUUAGUAUAUAACCGAACAUUUUGGCCUCCUCUUAUUUCUUAAACCGUAUUAAAAUAUAUUUCGCAAAAUAGUAAUUUUAGGAGAGUUACUAUUUUGCGAAAUGGACCAUUUUCACCCCUGCGAUGACAACGUGACCUCUUUCAUGUCACAAAAAUACAUUUAAACAUUACAAAUUAGUAUAUCACCGAACAUUUUGGCCUCCUCUUAUUUCUUAAACCGUAUUAAAAUGUAUUUCGCAAAAUAGUAAUUUUAGGAGAGUUACUAUUUUGCGAAAUGGACAAUUUUCACCCUGCGGUAACAACGUGACCUCUUUCAUGUCAUAAAAAUUCAUUUAAACAUUACAAAUUAGUAUAUCACCGUACAUUUUGGCCUCCUGUUAUUUCUUAAACCGUAUUAAAAUGUAUUUCGCAAAAUAGUAAUUUUAGGAGAGUUACUAUUUUGCGAAAUGGACUAUUUUCACCCCUGCGGUGACAACGUGACCUCUUUCACGUCACGAAAAUACAUUUAAACAUUACAUUAUAGUAUAUUCUCAAAGAUCUCGGUCACCUCCUCUUUAAUGUAGUAAUUUCUAAACUAAUUGAAUGUAGUAAUUCCGAAAAAUGUUUAUUUUGCGAAAUGGAUUAUUUACUCUCGGCGGGCGGCAACGAUGUUGCCAUUCUCGUGUCACACAAUAUGUAUUUGGUUGAUGCAGUAAGAUUUUGUCCUCUUCUUAUUUCAUAAACCGUAUUUAAAUACAUUUUGCAAAAUAGUAGUUUUUGGCAGGCAUACCAUUUUGCGAAACGAAAUAUUUUUAUCCUUCAAUGACAAAAAUGUCUUUCUUUUUGGGUCAAAAAUUUACUUUUAAACAUUACGUUAUGGUGCACUCCCGAUCUUGGUCACCUCUUUAUUUCCUAAACCGUAUAAAAAUAUAUUUCUUUAAGUAGUAAUUUUGGAAGAAUUGCUACUCUACGAAAUGAAUUAUUUUUACGCCAUGAUGAAAAAUAUUGCCAUUCUAUUGUCAACAGUACAUAUUUGAUUACUUAAAAGAUUUACAUAUGCUUUAAAAAUUGCAAAUUUACUGGAAACCCAAAACCUGAGAAAGUUUUAAAUGCGAUUGAAAUACAGUAGAACCCCCCUAACUCGAACCCCCCGGUAACUCGAAUGAGAUCCAAUUUCCCUUGGCCCAAUUUUUCAGUCAUUUACUAUCAGCUAACUCGAACAAUUUUUUGUCUCCUUAGGAAAUUUGAGCUGGCUGAGUUCUACUGUAACGACUGAAUAGACUAAUGUAGAAACAAGAAUUGAAAUACUAUUAAUUUUUUGAAUUAGGUCUUUGUGUAAUUUUCGCCUAUUUCAAACUUCAACAUUGCAAGAAGCAAAUCCUUGUGACCGUCUUUCAAACGCUGCUUUACACUGUUGGUGACAGUUAUCAAGCCUCUCCAGAAAUACGGGUGCCUUGGAAGGAUACAGCUCUUAUCAAUGCAAUAAAACCUCUUUGCCUUUUUUUUAUGCGUUACGACCAUUUCAACAUUGCCGUUAUCGUCUUUUUUAGGGUAGCGAUAACGCUCCUCGUGAAGUAGAACAAUGUCGUAGGGCGCUAUCUGUACUCUCUUGGGGAACUCAUUUGUGCAACCGGUGCAUGUUCUUGCAUUCGAGUAGUCAUGACUAAACACCACAUAAAAGGGCUCGUCAUUCUGGUAAUACUCGAUGUAUCUCGUGGGCUUUGGCACCAUAACGUCAUAAGGGUCUUCUUCUGACACGACUGGCACCUGGCUUACGUUAUUUUUCCCUCUUCUUUGUUUUACUCGUUGAUUCGGCUUUCCCCCAAGCUGUUUAGAGAGGUUUGCGCUGAUGAUUUUUCCCAUUUUGUUAGAAGCUUUCUUGUAAGUGGUGAUGAAACUUCGCAGCUUACCAAUCUUCUCAGCGACAACAAGGACGUGAGGGCACAAACCACCACUAUCACGGAAAGAUUUGCAGGUCUUGUCGCACGAUAUCUUCUCUUUCUUUUUUUUUACUGUGUAACUGGUAUCAAACUCAGUGAGCAGAAGUUUGUAUUUGCAAGUUCUAUGAUCUUAUAAUGCGACAGUAUGAUUUCCGCCCUCCUCCAUAUAUCUUUAAGCUCAUAAGAAGGAAAUUGUAAUGAGAGCUGGCACUCGACAAGGCCUAUGGACAAUUUUCUAGUGAUGGCCUCAUCCCUCCUUCUGCUGGGAAGGAUACAACCAAAGACUUUUUUUUUUUUUUGCGUCGCGUUGCUGGGAUGUCAUUUGUGUCCACUGUAAUGGAUCCACCUCAAGGUGAUUAUAGUCUGCGGACAGACGAUAUUCUCCCAUCUGAUAGAUGGCUUUAACCAGCUCGUCUAAAUGAGGCUGCACUACGCGUUUCUCAAUGAGAUCGUGUAUCGUCACCUGAUCAGUUUUCUGUCUGGAAAUCUCCUCUUUUAUGACAUUGUUGUAUGCCUCGGUUCUCUGGUUUUGCCACUUGUUUGGCGGGUUUCCAAGGCCAGCAGCAACACGAACAGGUCGUAACAUGCAUUUCUUCAUACUCUCAGAUAAAGGUCGAAGACGACCUUCACUUGAGUGAAGCCAUUUGGUAAAUGCCUCUGGCCAUUGGCCCUCAGUAACCUUCAGCUCCUUAUCAAACUGCUCUUCAGAGGUACAAUCUACAAGACCUAUAAUCCUUCUCCCAUCAUGCUCAGAGCCUAGAAGCUCGCGAGCUAUUUCCGUUUGCUUUGGUGACGGUACCUUCAAUUCUGUUAACUUCUUUAAUAUGUUUGUUUUAACAUGGUCAAAACAUCGGAGAUGGAUAUUUGUCACUUGAAGAAGUUCCAUGAAUUGGAAAUACCUUCUCGAAGCCUGUUUCCAAAGGAGUUUCUCCAUCAGUUCCAUAGGUUAGAUUACAGAUGCCCUUCCUCUUUAAAUUUGCUGCUAGGUACUCGUAGUCCUCCAUUUCCCUACUCGUGCUUGUCAUGAUGCCUGCCAAAGUAGUUGGGUGUUUAUCGCGUGCAUUUCUAUGAACAAACAUUGGAUGUGGGAAAGUUAAAGUUGUCAAAUAGAAAGGUCCACAGUUGUAAGUCAUAUCGAUACCGCAUUGAGAUUUGGGACUGGUUCCUGAACAAAAACUUUUUAACCAUUCAAUAUGCAAAUCUUUCGCUGCGAAUGUGUUUGGGGAGGUAUCUUUUCCGUGGCGAAGACCAAAUGAAACAUUUUUUACAAAGUCAGAAGUUUGCAGUUGAGUAACUAAUUUGGUAAAAUCGGCUGCUUUUUGUGGUCCUGUACUCCGAGAACGAAUGCGAUUUUCUAUUUUGCUGGCCUGGUUGUAUACUUGUUUUCUGUUACGUGGGAUGUCGGACACAGAUUUGACAUUAGAAACACCACCUGCAUCUUGCUGUACUUUCGUGAUUACGUGCUUUGCAGGAUUCUCUUCGGCAUACUGUUUUAUCCUCGUAAGGACGCUUGGUUUUGUUCGAAAAAAAGCCUCUUUGUGAUGUUUCACGUUUCCAUGGGCCUUUCUAGAAAAUAGCUUUUCUGCUUCCUCUGUUACUUUAUACUGUAUAACAGCAUAUCGUCCAAGCUCCCCUUUGCGGUGGUCAUGUACCUUAGUUAUAAUACGGCAAAACUCAUCUGAAGAAGCAUGCCAGCUGUAAUGACGCUUGACAGAAAAAAUGUGGCUUCCUUCAGGAUUUUUUCCUUUUUUACGUUUGCUGACUCUUUUGAUACGAGAUUCACUGGAAAAAUCUACCCUGACAACUUCGGUGGGACAAGAGUGACGCGCGUAUACUCCGUUACCAUCCGUCGUCAAAUCUCCUUCAUUAACGAUGUUUAGAUCGACAAUAAAAAUGGCCGACUCGGUAACUCCGUGUGCCACCUUGCGGCAGACUUUCUUAGUGUCAAAAUUACCUGCGAUGCAGAUAUCUAUAACUUCUUUUGUUGAAAGACCCUUCUGAGAAACUUUAAAAACAGGUUGCCCAUUGAUUUUUAGGCCUAAAAAGACAAACGAAACACAGAUAAUAAGCAAAAACUCUUGAUACUAUUUGCAGCCAUUUUAUCUAUCAUUAUGGGGAAAUAUAGUAUGCUUCGUACGAAAAUAUAUUUCAAAAUACCUUAAAUGAACGCCUACCAAUUAUAAAGCAUUUAUACAAAACUCCUUCUUAAAGUGAAACACGCAAGGUGUUUCAAAACCGUCUGUUUCUUCUAAAAUCUCAAUUCUGAUCGAUUGAAUCAACCACAAAGGCUCUGGGCAGUUGAGAGAAAACUAAACUUGUGGUUUCUAAAAACCUUUUUCCAACUUCUCAAAAUUCAUCAUUUCAACUGUGGUCUCUUGCCCUUCCUUUUCAAUUUUGUUUGUUUGUUUUGUUUCCUUUCUCUUUUCUAAUCUUUCUUUACCUUCCUGAGCUUUCUCGGAGUCGUCUUCAUUGCUGUAGGGAUCGUAGUUAUCAUUGUCGGAGCCAACUUCGGGCUCAUCUUCUUCAGACACGUUAAGGCUGCUCGAAGAAGAUACGUGAGACCGCCGCCGUCUUUUUUUUUGGUGUAACGGCGAUGCUAUUUCGACUUCAGUUGACCUAAUCGUUUCCAUAUAAAAGAAACAAAUAAAUUAAUUCGGUGGGUCCUCUAUCAUUAGCUUGUAACAAUUCUCUUCUUAUGUGACGUGUAAAUUCUAUUCGGAAAAGCAAAAACUGAGUGUUCCUGUUUUCUUAAGAUACUAAUGGAGAAUACAAAGGUUAAUAACCGAAAAACAGAAGUCCCGCUUAGUUUUUUUUGGCACUUACGUGGACCUUUUCGAGGGUCGUUUGGAACAUGAAGGGAUUCCGCUAUCGUCUUCCAUUUCCUCUUCCAGCUCGCGGGCUGCACUUAGGUUAACUUUGGUCUUGGAGAAUGCAUUCGUUUUGGCUCUGCGUGUUUGAGACUCUAUAAACUGCUGAAGUUUUUUGUAAAUAGCGCCAUCUGUGGAACCCGUAAUAUCCAGUUCAUUCACGGGCUCAUCUCUCCUCAUGGACGCCAAACUGAUGCUCACAGAACUUUUCACAGGUUCGUUUUCUACCAGGCCUUUGCCAAUAUGUAUAUAGCUUUCUGAGGUAUGGACUACGUCGGAGCCAUCACUACUGCUGAGCACAAUCAUUGGAACAGAUAGCUCUGCCCUCCCUACACUUUCUUCGGCACCGCUGUUGCCAAUCGGUGAGCAAUCAUCUGUGAAUUUCACAGUAUCAAGUAAGGCAACAUUGCAUUUAUGCAGUUUAAUUCUCAUGUAUUUCAAAUUCUGACAAACCCCACAAUAGACAGUCAGUAACUUCCUUAAAAAAGUACGUAAUUUUACCGUAGUAGGGUAACUGGCGUUCGUUGAAAUGUAAAACCAAAUAAGCUUUCUGUUCAGACAUGAAUGAGUACAGUUGCAUCAGGGAAAUGUAUUUAACUUAAUGGUUUGUACAGGAAAGUGCUAAUCUUAAACGACGAAAAUCGACCACGGUUUUGUAAGUGACGCUUUAAGGUAAAUACAAACCGUGCUUUCAGUCAAACUGUAUUCACUACAAUUCUCGCUCAGUGUAUGAAUACCUGAAACUCGGCUUUAAGUUGGUGGUAAUUAAGCAAGCUAUUAUUACAUCUGUGCCUAAACGAUAAGAUUGCAUACCAUUUCUCUCUAUUAAUCCCAGCUCUUUACUAGUCGAAGAUGGCGAAACACUGAAAUGAAAGAAAAAUUAUUUUAAAAACGAAACCCCGCAAUAUCAUCUGUUGGACAACCUGUUCAGAGUUAAUUUCAAAUAUAUAGAUGGUAAAUUUGCUUUCUCAGGUCCAGGGGAUACCGUGUUCGAAAGUAAAGUUACUUGGACAUCAAGCGAUAUUCAUCUAUUUCCUCUGCUACACUUUCGUCGGUGUAAUAACAGUAAAGGAUAAUAUUGUAAUAAUCAUAAGAAAUAGGACUGGUACCUUUCAUUUUCGCUCAUUAUAGAGAGCGACUGCAACAUAUAAUUUUUUACACCACUAGAAACCAGGCGCUGCCAUAUCCAGCGACAGACUCCUUCGCAUGCCGUUUCCUCUUCUUUUACCUCUGAAAAUACUUUGAGAAGGCCGGUGCCUUUACCACCAACUUCGGCGGGAACAGGAUGGGUAUCUACAAUAAAGAAGCAGUCGCUUGCAAGGCCAAUUAUGAAGACUAAUGGCUCACAGGUGUAGAUGGCAACGCAAAAAUUUUUUUCGAUAACAUGGAAGAUAAGGCAUGGACAAGGUUAGUCUGCCCUUUUUUGGGAGAAUACGAAGUCGCUCUCCAAGAUUUCUUCGGAAAAAUCGUACUUGCCAACUUCAGCACCAACACUCCGUAUCAGUUGGUACGCCGACAGAACAUCGUAGAGUUCCUCACAAUUCCUGUAUGGAUUUACCACUCGGGGGAACUCUGUGAUGACAUUUUCUGCCACUUCGCAAAUAUUUUGCCACAGCUUCUUACUACCCCCAAUUGCUUCUUCUCGGAACUUACGUAUUUCAUGAGCAAUUUUUACACAUAGAAAGGCACAGGCAUUAGUUCCAUCAUUAUCCGGAAAUUCUUCAGGUACCUUGUCACCUCUGGAUACAAUCUGUGCAACCCUUCUGUCGUACUGUUCUAGGCAUGAGGCUUGACUGACCUAUGAGGAAUAAAGUUUGACUUUCACACAAAGAUGAAUAAUCUUUACUGUAAUUAUUUUUAACAUUAUAAGUUUAUUUUAGCUUGUUUUAUCUGAUGUUCGAGGGCUUUUUUAGGAGACAAGGACGACAAGACUGUCACCACGCAUUGGAAAUAUUCCACUUUCCCAACAAAUACUUCUCCAAAUUCCUUUUUGCCAGUAAGAUAAUGUGGUUUUUAAUUUUUUUGUGUCUACAAUUGUCGUUUAAAAAUGGUUUUAAAAUAUCUUUGUGAAACGUAUUUCCAUGCCAAAUCAUCAUGUGAGAGAAAAGAACAAGGUUGUUUGCAGAAAGUUAAAAUGGUAUAUUUUGAUAAACUGCAGUUUUGUAAAAUUACUCUCUACACGGAACACUUCGCACUCUUCAGGAAAUUUGCAAAGCUCGAUUACUGGCUGGGUUACAUUAAUGACCCUUUCACGAACAUUUUCCUCGUUCUUGACAAGAUUAAAAAAUAUUACCCUUUAAAAAAUACAAAUGACUAACCUUCAAGGGGAUAUUAAGAGUAGACAUGGUAGAUCCCUGGCUGAUCAUGGAAACCACUUCUUCAACCUUUGGCCGUUUAUCAGGGUCAAAUUGAGCACACUUAAGCCAAAUCUUGUUGACCGAAUACCAGUCAGUAGCAUGCUUGUGUUGAUAUUUGCAUGGCUCCGUUGGCAAUUUUCUCGUUAUGAAGAAAUGCUCCAGUGCUUGCAGAGGUGUUUUUCCCUCUCUUAGGGCUGCUUGUAUUUCAUCAAAGUAGGGAUACUUGACACAAGGGUUCAGUAAUACAAACAGGGUCAUGCCUAAAGACCAAAUGUCGGCUCUCUUAAGAUCUUCUCCUGAUGCAAGCGGUAAACGAAUCGCUUCAAUCAGCAUUUCUGGGGCCAUAUAUACCGGUGUUCCUCGAUUAACUCGAGCAGUUUGGGACUGCAGGAUGGAAUUAGUUUGUAUCUUAGUGGAGCGGCUUUCACCGAAAUCAGUUAGCUUACAUAGCAGAGGGCGCUGUUCCCAGCCUUCUCUCUGAUCACUUGCAGUCAGUUAACAUUAGUAUUGAUUGGUGGCCAAGAUGUUAGCCGGCUUUAAAUCACGAUGGGCGACAUUUUUGACGCGUAGAUGUUUAAGACCCAAUGCUACGUCCUUGAAAAAUGGUGGAGAUGACUUGAGGGGUGACGAAACCGUCGCAAUCGGAGCCCUCAAGAACACCAAGAAAUUCUUCAAGGAAGCUAACUUUUGACUCGAAACCGAAUGGUUGGAAAUCGAAAUACACAUAUCCGAGAAUGAGGGCAAACGGAUUAUUGCAGAUUCCCUUGAACUUCACAAUGUUUGGAUGUUUUAACUAUUGAAUGAUUCUUCUUUCCUUUACAAACGUUUUCUUAUCCCGUAUGGCCUCGUUGAGCAAUUUCUUAGCGACGACUUUCUCCGCAGCGGCCGAUUUCCCGCCCGCACCAGGAAGAGUCUGCCAGUCAGCAGUGAACACAGCACCAUAAGCACCCUUAUGAAUGAUUUCCUUAUUUGUCAAACACUUGAAAUUACAAACUGGCAGACCUGAACAGAGGAUGGUCGGGCCUAAGAAAAGGAAAUUGAAAAGCCAUAAUCCUGCCUGAUUCAACAGCACACAAAGCGAGCAAAAAGCAAACUUCUUGCAACACGUGGAACCUGCGCAAAUGCGAAACAAGAUCUCUUGUUCGUAAGAAAGGGGUGUGCGACGGGUGCGUAAUCAGAAGCGCGUAACUUCUUCAUGUAUAUUAUUUUUAUCAAAAAGUUUUAAGCAAAGUAACUGUAGCACUUGCGAUUAUAAAACUGCUGGACGACUAUUUCGGCAUGGAUAUGCUUCUGUUCUCUAUACGAGACGGAGAGUCUAAACAUGUUUAGACGCCACUGGAAAACUGUCAUGUUGGUGCAACAUGCCAAGAUGUUCGGUGAUAUACUAAUUUGUAAUGUUUAAAUGUAUUUUUGUGACAUGAAAGAGGUCACGUUGUCACCGCAGGGGUGAAAUAGUCCAUUUCGCAAAAUAGUAACUCUCCUAAAAUUACUAUUUUGCGAAAUAUAUUUUAAUACGGUUUAAGAAAUGAGAGAAGGCCAAAAUGUUCGGUGAUAUACUAAUUUGUAAUGUUUAGAUGUAUUUUCGUGACGUGAAAGAGGUCACGUUGUCACCGCAGGGUGAAAAUUGUCCAUUUCGCAAAAUAGUAACUCUCCUAAAAUUACUAUUUUGCGAAAUACAUUUUAAUACGGUUUAAGAAAUAACAGGAGGCCAAAAUCUUCGGUGAUAUACUUAUUUGUAAUGUUUAAAUGUAUUUUUGUGACAUGAAAGAGGUCACGUUGUCACCGCAGGGGUGAAAAUAGUCCAUUUCGCAAAAUAGUAACUCUCCUAAAAUUACUAUUUUGCGAAAUACAUUUUAAUACGGUUUAAGAAAUAACAGGAGGCCAAAAUGUUCGGUGAUAUACUAAUUUGUAAUGUUUAAAUGAAUUUUUAUGACAUGAAAGAGGUCACGUUGUUACCGCAGGGUGAAAAUUGUCCAUUUCGCAAAAUAGUAACUCUCCUAAAAUUACUAUUUUGCGAAAUACAUUUUUAUACGGUUUAAGAAAUAAGAGGAGGCCAAAAUGUUCGGUGAUAUACUAAUUUGUAAUGUUUAAAUGUAUUUUGGUGACAUGAAAGAGGUCACGUUGUCACCGCAGGGGUGAAAAUGGUCCAUUUCGCAAAAUAGUAACUCUCCUAAAAUUACUAUUUUGCGAAAUAUAUUUUAAUACGGUUUAAGAAAUAAGAGGAGGCCAAAAUGUUCGGUUAUAUACUAAUUUGUAAUGUUUAAAUGUAUUUUCGCGACAUGAAAGAGGUCACGUUGUCACCGCAGAGUGAAAAUAGUCCAUUUCGCAAAAUAGUUACUCUCCUAAAAUUACUAUUUUGCGAAAUGAAUAAAAAUCCUUCUUAUUAAUGAACGAUUACUCCAAAAUCCUUGUGAAAGUUAUCUUUACCUUAUUUGAAAAUAUAUCUGCAUUAUUCCUUUUGUUUUAUUUCAUCUGACCCGAUUUCGUUUCGUUUCGUUUCGUUUCGUUUCGUUUCGUUUCGUUUCGUUUCGCAAAAUAGUAUAAGCCCAAAUUAUCAAGAAAUUACUUUUUAUACACAAAUCAACUUUUUAUUCAAACCUUCAUUACAGAGCGCAGAACUGGAAAAACUCAGGAAAAAAAUUGUCUCAUUUCACAACUAUGAUUUCAGACCAAAAUUGCGUGACAUGAUGUUCAAUUACCACUAUAUUAUAUCCAUUUUGAAAUUAGCGUUUUCUAGCUUAUAACAGUAUCGUACUAGUGUUUCCUAGUAUUGAACAGUGUUGUACUAGCGUUUUCUAGCAUUGAACAGUAUCGUACUAGCAUUUCCUAGCAUAUAACAGUAUGCUAACUAGCAUUUUUUUCAGCAUAUAACAGUAUCGUACAUGUAAUGGUUAAUUACAAUAUCAACUAAGUUGGUAAGUCAAAAGUUAAUCCAGUAAUGUAUAUACUUAAGCGAAAAUUAACAACUUAGUUCUUAAUUGAUCAUGUGGAAAAAAAAAAAUUAACAUCUACUACCUGGUCAAGAAAUGAUACUUCUGCGAAGGGUGGUACUACUAAUGACUUGGGGUGGUGAGGAUUUUGGGUCUCUUUGCAAAAACUUUGUCAGUUGCUCAUAAAGCCCAUGAAGAACCGCAGCCAGCCUUAAAACGUGUCUAUCGUCCUAGAAACAUUUUCAGGAGAUAUAGAAUUCACAAGUGCUAUUGCAAUUUUAACAUUUAUAGUUUUACUACAUAAAAUAAUCAGUAGGCGAUUUCGAAGAGGAACCAUAUUCUUGAGUUGAGCAAAAGAACUGCUGUACUUGUAAUAUGGGAAAGUGCAAAUAUCGAUUUUAUCUGUUUCGCAAACAAAGGAGCUAAUCACCAACACCGGAAAUAGCGACCAGGUAUUCCUCACAACUCCCUUACGUUUGUUUUCCAAUUUGCCCGGGCUGCUGCCAAUCACUUCUUGUGUAAAAACCUACUUAACCUGUGAAGUGGAAGUAUGGUGACUAUUGUUGCUUGCCAAUAUUUUCUGUAGGCAAAACGUAGAAGUCAGUAAAUGUGACUGAUUCUGCUCGGAAAAUUUUAUUGUCUGGAGCUUGGAUAUGUUGGGAGAGUUUCACUGACAGCUGGACUAAUUACAUCCCAUGUUGUGAAACCAUUAUAAAGACAUCACGCUUUCCUUCGCUUUUUUUGUCACAUAUAAAAAGGGAAAGGUGAGGCAUCGGUAUCACUUAGCACUGGCACAACUCGACCUACCAGUCACAUGCAUGAAAAAACAGGAAUGGAAUUGGUGAUAGAUGAUUCAUGUUAGCCCAAGAGUAUCACUUAGCACUGGCACAGGUCGACCAAACAGGCACAUGAUGACUUAUCAGUGGAAGAUGGCAAUAUUUUCAAUAACAAUUAUAAUCCAGUGUUUAAGUGCCAGUUUCGCAUUUGCAUGACAAAAAACUAAAUGUCUUUUGGGGGGGGAAAAGUACCUUCAAGAAGUCAAAGUAAUUUUUUGGAGUUAACAUCAUGAAAACAUACUUAAAUGUAGUGUAUGGUAAAUAUGAAAAACAAAUACCUGUUGACGAUAUGUGCAUUUCUCUUUUAAGCACCCACAAUCGUCAGAAAAAUCCAGUGAGGUCUCCCCACAAGGACAGGCAGAAAUCUGUUCAAAGUUUUGUAGAACUGUUAAAAAAUCUGUGGACACGCAGUGAUGUGCAUGCCAGCUAUUAAGUAGCAAUUAAAGAUUGAGAGGGGAAAACGUUUAGGAGCAUUAGCCUCAGUCAGCCUUACUUUUUAAGUAAUACGUCUAAGAGCUUUUCACUCUUCUCUGUCAGCAGUGAUACAUGCUUUUCUGCUUGCUCCAUCUCCCUAAAAUUCCCAGCAAAAUGGCAUCCAUGGACUUUACAUUGUCGCUGCCUCUCCUCACAUACAAGCAGAUGGGUUUGCAACUCCAUCCUAAGAGUAAACGAAAAGUAAAACCUACAUGAAGGUAUCUAUUAAUGAGGAAAAGAAGUCGCAACUGUUCAGCGCCAGUAGGGGAGUUAACACAAUGAACCAAGGCACGUCCAGAUAGUGAAAGGCUUUAAUCGCAACAGGGGAACUAGACUCCGAACGAGUAACAAACAAUAUGGCAGACGCGACGAGGAGGAAAACCGUCAAAAGGGCAUGCUCAACCCAGAUACCGCUGACCGGUACUGGCGUGACUUCUUUCUUCUUUUUUUUUUUUUUUUUUUUUUUUUUUUGGAGAAACAAGAACUAAAAACAAGUUAACAUACACUUAAGACUAACUAACAAAUUGACACGCGCGGGCGAGUCAAAGUUCAGAGUUUAAAGAUCGGUGUUCAAAGUUCAGUGUCAUAAUCUGCAAAACGAGAAGGAGGACGGCGGGUGCGUGAUGAUCUCCGUAGGGCAGGCGGAGAAGGCACCGCUGAGGCGGCUGCAUACCCACUGGGGAAGGAUCAGGGCAGGGCGACUGUGUAGCGAAAUCAUCCAUGGUAUGGUCAACGGGAGAGGCAGGGGCUGGACUGUAAGACUGAGGGUUGACAACUGGUGGGUGUGUGGAAGCUGCGAUGGCCUCAGGGAUGGCAGGCAAAGAGGGGGGAGGGUGAGUCAUUGUAGUAGGACCAUCUUCGUCGUCGGAAUCAGAGUAGUGUUUGCGUAGGGUCGGAGAGGCACGGAAGGGAUCACCCAAGUCAGAUGGGACCUUGAAGCACUCAGAUAGCUUGACAUGGUACGAUGAACUUCGCAACUGGGAUCCAAUGAACUUUUGAUGUUGCAGAAUGGAGGAUCAAUGGCUACAACGAGAUAGCGGUCACGAGCACGAGACUUGUUGAGGUCAGAAUGGAGGUACACAAGAUCACCAAUAUCGAUCAGGGGGGUAGGACGCCUUGACUGACCAGGAGCUUUGGAACGUUCACUGAGGGGAUGGUUGGAGAGACGCUGUUCAUGCUGGAGGGAAAUUAUGUGGUCAUCUGCGAGGGGUAACUGCUUGUUUGAGAACUGAUCCCGCUGGGUCCACAUUUCUCGAGAGGAAAGCCCUCUUGAACGGAUACGUGAGUUUAAGGCUGAAGUGGCUACGGCGAGGGUGAGGGGAGAGACAGAACUACCGAGAGGCUCCUGACGUAACAGCUCAUUCUCCAAUUCCUGGACCGCUCUCUCUGCAACGGGGUUCUUGUUGGGAUUUUUGGCAUGGCCAAGCUCAAUUGUGAUUCUGUGUUUCUGUAAGAGUGAAUCAUUGACAAAGGCCUUGAAUCCGGGAGCGGGGUCGGUGCGGAUCACAGCAGGUGGACCAUCCAUUGGGCGCAUUUCCACGCAAAGCUUUAUAAUGGCAUCACGCAAAGUUUGGUGGCGUUCGUUCUCAAGAAAGAGACUGGACGUGUAAGAGGUCACUGUUUCACGGAGUACAAAGAUAAGUUGGCGAGAACGUUUUAUGACAUCUGCCGCAAAGGACUGCCCAACAGUUUCAGGUGGAGGCGAAGUGGACUGGUCAAUUCGUGCUGUUGGUGAUCUCUGAAUUGCUGCACAGGAGUGGCACCCAUCGGAAACACGGGAGACUGCCUUGUCCAGGUCGAGGGUGAACAGAUAACGCUUGGCAACCAUUUUUAACUGGUGACAAGAAGGGUGGCUGAGCUGAAUGUGAAGGGCUGUCAAGAGGCCAUCCAAGGCCUGGCGAGGGACAAUGAUACACUCUCUGGUCGGUGACAAGGGAUCAUGACGUUGGACGACGAGCAGGCCAUCACUUGCGAUUGAGGCGACCUGCAAAUAGCGUUUGACGUCCUUUAUGUUUGUGAGCUUCUUGGAAGGUCUUGUGCCUUGGACAAGGUGUGCGUGCGUGCGGCGUAGGUCUGGGCAUUCAGACUGUAUGGCCAACCAGGCCGGACGGCUGGUGAAAGGGAGGCGGGCAUUGCCUUGGAGGAUGUCCUGGACAGUCGCGGCUCGGACAACAGAAUCUCUGGUUGAGGCGAUAAACAGGCAAAUCUGACAGGUUUCAUUCUCACAAGGAGCAGCAUUUCGACUCGCGAAGUCUGACUGGAGGAUAGAGGCGCCGGAGACGUGUCGCACUGAGGCCUGGUAGUGGCUGACAACUGACAGGAAAGUAGAUACGCGAGGACUUGCGGAGAACUCGCCGCGGCAUAGCUUCUCGUAAGCCUGGACGCAUGGCUUACUGUCCGUUAGGAUACAGGCUUUAUUGGAUGACUGGAUGAGGUAUGGACUGAAGUGCUUUGUAGCCGCAGCGAUGGAGAGGGCUUCUACUUCGCACGGAAGCCACGUUGUCUGAGUGCCCCGCAGCUUAGCGCUGAAAAACCGGCGAUGUGUAGCUUGUUGUUGCGCGUCACAUAGAGGGUGGCGCCUAUUCCUGGGUCCUUGACUGCGCCAUCGGUGACGACCCAUAGUUGGUCCUCAGGUCUAGGUAAGGUGAUAGAGAGGGCUGAGGAUAGGGCCUUCUGAGCGUUAUGGAAUGCAGCCCUGAGACUAUCAGACCAGGUGAUGGAUUCUUGUGAAGUACGUCCAGCCGUGACGGCAUCCAGCGGGUUAGAUAACUAGAGCACCGUGGGAUAACACGAGACAGGACUUUGUACGCACCAAUGAACGAUCUCAAACGACCAACAGUGUUUGGCACAGGGUACGUGGCGAGGGUGUUGAGGCGGUGGGCACUGGCAGACAGGGUACCGGCGGACCAAAUCCAACCAAGGAUAGUGGUUGACUUGGGGUUGAUUAUGGUCUUGUGGGCUGACAAACGCAGGUUGCAUUUGUGAAGAGCUUGCAGGACCCUCUUCCAGUUGUGUAGUAACUCUAGAGGGGUGUUGCCCCCGCAGUAUAAAUCAUCGGCGAUCUUGGCCACGACUCCAUCUUGAAGUAAGGGGCCUAGAACACGGCACAUAACCUCCUCUAGAGCAGUCUCUGAGCCAGGCAUUCCCAUAGCGGAGCGGGCAUACACCCGGAUGCCUUUAAAGGGGGUGGCGACACCGCAGUACUUCAUGGACUCUUUGGCUAAAGGGAUCUGAUAGAAAGCACUUGCAAGGUCAGUGACAAUUAUGUGUGACCAUUGGGCGAUGAGCCGUAAUGUGGAGUCAACAUCGGGUAGCAAGGAUGGUUGUGGUUUGCUGUAUCUGCCCACAUCAGAAAAGGCGGUGACGAGACGGGAACCACCAUUAGGCUUCUUUACAAGGAAAGAUGGAUUGAGGUAUUCAAUGGUGAUACCCACAUCUUCGGGCGGCGGAAGACGCCAAGAAUCUCUAGGUCGUCAAACUUUUCCUGGAGCUCGAUGAGCUUAUCCCGUGCGUAUUGGGGGAGGCGACCCUUCCGCUGAGGAGGUUCGACAGGACCCAUGUUGACUUUGGCCUUGUAUGCGCCAGCGGCUCCAUUGUAUCCGGGAAUUGCGGGUCAAAUACAGUGUCGUACUCUGUAAGUAGUGAUUGGAAGUCUGCACGAACGGUUUGGGGAAGGGUGUUGUCUGGAUCAACCUGAACGGACGCAGAGUAACGUGUACUGGAGGGCGGCAACGGGCGCUGAGCAGUAGGUGGGGGUGAUGAUGGGACUUCGGGGGCUCAAAAACAGGGAUGACUUGGCAGAAGUGUUCGUGGCGCUUGAGAGUGCGGGGUACGCUUGAUAGGUUAGGAAUCCGUAUGGCUCGGGCAACGCUGGAAACGACACCAGGUUGUGGCCACAACUGGGAUGGCUUCAGAUUGUGUGCACUGGGUGCGUCGAUGCGAGGCUCUAGUGCGUACUCCGAGUCAGAAGGUGCAUCGUCUGGUAGACGUACUUCCAUGAACUCUCCAGGCCACACUGUCUGGGAUGGAGCGGGGGCACGUAGGACAAAUGCUCUACGUGCGGUUGCAUGAGGGUUAGGUGGGGAUUUGGACCCAUACGUGUAGACUGAGCCAUUGCCUAGUAGUACCUCUCUCUAGCGGGUCGGACAGCGAUGUCAUUCGUCUCCAUAAAGGGGGUACCGGCAAGUACCUCAACAUCAAGAUUCUCAACUACGAGACCUUCAAACGCGAAGUUUGUGUGGUCCCGGGUGAAGGUGGUACGAAUUUCUCCUAUCACCUGGAGCUGAGACGAGCCAUCAGCCUGUUGGACGGACUGGGCACUUGAGAUUAUCGGACAGCCGAGGUGUUUCGCGGUUGAACGGCGUAUCAUAUUUCCAGUUGCACCGCUGUCGAGGGUGACGCGCACGACUCGAUGAUCAUGAAAGACGUCCAUGUAAGGGGACUGGCGGGUCUGCACACGGUAGGCCACCAUGUCCGGGCCUGGCAAUGUUGUGUCAGGGUCUGGUGAAUCAGAAUCAGGACUGGUCUCAAUUUCUUGGUCAUUGUCAAGGAUGCCGGCGAUCUGUCGUGCUUUCACCAUGAAACGCCUGUCACUGUCGGGGAGGAAGGUACACUGACUGAGGAAGUGGUUUGUCAUAGAACGGCCAGCCUGUUUACAUAGAGGACAGACCUUGUCUUGGCGGGGUUGUCUGGGACGGGCUCUAGGAACACCCCUGUUACUCUGACGAGGGCGACGAAAAUCGUCUGCAACCGCAGCACGUAGGAUUCUGGCAUCAUCCGACGUGGGAUUUCCUCGAGUAAGGAAUUGAGGGCCUGCGAGAUCUCAGGUUUGAUCGAGGCAAGAGUACGGGAUCUCAACUCUGUACCAUAACGCUGCUUAACCAGUCGUGGGAGACUGGGGUGAAUGAGGCGUAACCAAGUGAGGACCAAAAAGUUUUCGAGUGUAGGGGUUAAUUCCUCAUCCUCCUGCACUGCUUGGCCAUUGUGGGUUAAACCGUUGGCACGUAGCAAUGAAUCUUCUACGAAUGCUGUGAGGCGCUGGUACAGAUCUUCGGGGCGCUCAUCAGCAGCUAGGUGUAUUUCGGAAAAGUCAAUGAACUGAGCCCCGGUGACUUGGAAACCAAAGUGCUGUCUGAUGGUUUGCCAGAUGAACUCGAGGGAUGUAGAGUUUUUCACCAGGGUAUUUCGAGAGAUAAUUGGACAAUAGUUGGCGAUCUGUCCUAACAUCAGCUCGAGGAAGUUAACCUUUUGGCGGGCUGUCAGGCGACGAGCUAAUGGCACUGAUUCGCCAUCGUUGUGGAGACCUUGAAGCGGCUGACCCCUGGUCUUUUUAACCAUGUGAAUCCAUCUGCGAGGAAGGGGCGAAGUUGCUGUCCAAAGAAAGAGUGUAAAUGAGGUUUUGCUUCCAGUUUUCAAAGGAAUUGAUAGAUUCCACUUUGGAGAGGCACCACUGCUUCGGUGCACGGUGUGUUGCAGCCAUAUUUCACGUUUAGGGCUCUGGAACGUGUUGACACGGCGAAGGAUACACUGUUUUGGCUCACGUGGACGAGGCGAAAAAAUAGCCUUCUUCGGCGAAAAUAUGGCCUGGGUAGAACCGAACACUGCCACCACGCCAGUAGGGGAGUUAACACAAUGAACCAAGGCACGUCCAGAUAGUGAAAGGCUUUAAUCGCAACAGGGGAACUAGACUCCGAACGAGUAACAAACAAUAUGGCAGACGCGACGAGGAGGAAAACCGUCAAAAGGGCAUGCUCAACCCAGAUACCGCUGACCGGUACUGGCGCAGCUUAACUCAUUUUUUUUAUUUGUUUAUUUCAUUUGCUUUUUAUUCUUGAAAGUGAUAAAGAUUAUAAUCAGACAAGCCAAAUCUAGGAUAUUUUCCCAAUAACACUGCGUUUGAGUCUCAAAGUAAACUUUUGGGGCUAAUUUUGGAUCAGUUUUAAUCUUAGACAGAGGAGCGAAUUGAAGGGAAGCUUUCCAAAGUUCAAGAGAUUUAUAUAUUUAAAGAUGAUAUUCUUAAAAAAAUAAAAAUUAUCAUACAUGUGGGAAAGAUAAAGAAAACCUUGAACUCAGGAACAAUUUUCAAAGUUGUACAUGCUAGUAUGGUCUAACUUAAAGCUUAAAAAUUCUAAUACAAGAAACUGCAUACCCACACCAGAUGGUUUUGUUACACACAUAAAGAGAAUUUCAUUUUUAAGUUUGAAAUGAUAAUGUACAACGCUUUGUGACCACACCUGCUCAGAUGCUUCUUGCAUUUUAGAGGGCAAUGGAUUUCUCCCCUUGGGCAAGUCUUUUCAAGAUGAAGUUCCUUGUUGGCCACGGUGGUAUUCUAGUGGCAUUGUUCACAUGCGAUGACUGCAUAGAGACAUUCCUCCUUUUGAGUUGGCUCAUCCUUUCUUUUAAUACUGUGUAGGCAGCCCCUAUCGAACAGGAUAUGAGGGCAUCAGGACAGGUGUGUUGUGCUACCACUUCGAUGCUCCCCCUCUUGUAGCAUGCUGUGCAUUUUACCUUGAUCUUCUCCACUAGCUUUUUCAGGGUGAAGUUUGUCUACAGCUGUGUGGAACUCCAUAUGGGCUUUUUACAAAGGGGGCAAUGGCUGGUAGUUGGGUUUUGUUGCACCUUGCUAAUACACGUUUUGCAGAACGUGUGAUUGCAGUCAGGCAAAAUAAUUGGCUCCAGUAUCAAUGUAUUACCAAAAGACAAAGAGAACAUGAAUUUCAACUGCGUUUAUGUGAGCGCCUUUGAAUCACAAGUUUCUUUAUACCCCUUUUAAGAAAUCCCCCUCCUUGCUGUUUUCUUUUUCUUCCUUUGUAUCUUUUCAAUACACCGGUGAAAGGAGUACUACCAUGUACAGUACUGAUGCGAGUCAUUACUCUCGAAAAAUAUCGUCCAACUUUUUAGCAAAUUUUCCUUGUAGUUAGUUCUUGAGAACUUGGUUGACCCCUCUCUUGACACCACGUGGGAAUUCUAAAAGAGGUUUGUUCUUGACAGCUCGUGGAAAGCCUCCUUUCACACCCUUAAAAAAGUCCUUAGCCAUAUUUUUGACUCCAGUGCCUAUUUGAGAAUCACCCCAAGUUCCAAUAAAAGGCAGUGGGGCGUAAGGUGAGGGGGUCUGCCAGCACAUGAGUGCAUCACCUCCUUGUUCAUUUGGCACAUACACUUUAAAGCAUCUCAAACUUCCUGCUCUCAUGAUGUGAUCACUACAAACACAGAGUUCACUUUUAAUGUUUUUUUCAUUCGGGUACAACUUCACGUAAAUGAAACACUUCUUCAGUCCAUACUGGUAGAUACCCUUUCUUAAAUGGUCUAAAUUUUUUAUUCAAUCAGACUUUAUCACCUACUUUAAAUGCAGGUUCCUUUUUCUUCUCAGUCUGAUAAUUCCCAUACAAACUGUUCCACACUUCUUUGUUAUUGGAUGUGGUUUUAGUACUCCUGUGAUAGGUGCGAUUGUAUUGAUUGACAAGUUUGGGCAAUAUGUCUACAUAUUUGAGUGUAUUGGCAGCUGUGAAAUAAAGAUACAAUUUCGAUUUAAGGGUUCUAUUAAAUCGUUGGACGAUACUGGCUUUGGCAUCUCCAUGGGUAGAAAAGUGAUGAAUUUAUUUCUUUUUUGACAGCUCUUGAAAUGUCUGGUUGUAAAGUUCUUUGUCUGCAUCUGUCUUUAAUUUUUGGGGUUUCCUCCCUUGUGCUUCUUUGAGUAUCUUGGCAAAAGCAUCUGUCACAUUUUUUCCUGUUUUCUUUUCAAUGGGUUGAGCCCACGCAUAUUUGGAAAAGGCAUCAAUGACCACUAAAGUGUAACGACACCCUUUGUUCUGCUCGGCUAAAGUCUGUACUUUGAUAAGAUCCACCACCCAUUGUUCAUCAGUGUUGAACACCACCAAGGUGAAAAUUCUCUUUGUUGACAUCUGGGUUUGUGAAGUGUGUACACCAAAUUUUUCUCUAAUUCUGUUUUAGCUUGACCAUUAGAGAUCUUUUGAGCUUUGGCAUACGGUGCCACACCAUCCAAACUACCGACGACACCGGAUUUGUCAUACAAGUCGUGUGAUCCUCUCUCCUUUGUUUUCAUUCAUUCAUCCUUGAUAUCUUUUUUAAUGUUCUUAACCAUGAUAAAUUACACCAAAGUUUGAAACAAUGGUAGGUGACCCAAUACUUAUGAAGGUACUGCGUAUACAAAUGAUUCCACGUCUUAUGUGUAUACUUACCAUCAUAGUAUCUCAUAAACUUCAUCAAAUAAAAGAUAUGGUUGUUUAGUGGGUGUAGGUGUGGUUUCAUGACAUGCCUAUAGACCUUAUCUUCCGUGUUUUUGGUAACCCAUUUGUAGGGGAUUUUAGGUGGCUUAUCCUCUUUGUAGACGAUACAUGUGAUGUGAUCGCAAAGCCAUGACACCACUUGAUAAUGUAAGUAGCAUAGAUGUUGACUCCACGAGGUAGGCAUGAUGAACCAGCGAUUUUUUCAUCGUUGACCCUUCUUAUAAUGCUUGACAUUAUCCAUAAUGCCUUUCAAAGCCUUGUUUCCCAGAAGUUUACCAAGGAAGAGGUUUCUCCAUGUUGGUCAUGGCUGGACACCUCCAACCACAAUUGGUGCUGGUCCUCAUGAGAGGCUUCAAAACCUUGUUGGCUGUAUUCUCUCAUCUAGAGGAAACGCCUCAGCAUGGGGGCAUGGUCUAUCGUCAAAUGACUGUAGUCUCCAGUGCCAAGACUGCUUCCAAAAGGCUCUUUAAGCAGAAAACCCCACUCUUUGCACUAGAUUUUAAUACAUAAAAGGAAAAUUUUGCUUUGAUAGAGUACAUGUACAUUUAAGUAGGUAAAUAUAUAACUGGGUUCAGUGCAAUUUAUGCUUAACUAAAGCAUGAGUCAGGACACAUGAAUUAAGAUUUUCAACUGGUACUUGAAGUCUACAUCAUCCUAAUCAUUAUUUUUUCCUACUUUAAGCUCAUAAAAUACCUUGAUGUCAAAGAAAUCAAUAUCUUCUUGCUCUGUGUCUUUGAAAACUUUAUUUCUUGUAACAAAGGCAAUCUCUUUCCACUCUUUACAAACCUAAACAAAAAGAAGAAAAUUCACUGUGAGUGACUGAUUGAAUAACAAUUUCUUCAUUUCUGGCAGCUAUAUGUUUCUUCAGAAGUUUUAUCCAUUAUACAUUUAACAAAGUACAACAACUUCUGUCAAGAAUUUAAACAAUGAUUGAAAUUUAAAUGCCACCAGAAAAGCACAAUAAAAAGUCAAUGACCACCUGUUUACAAAAGAAUUUGAACACUGAGUAACUGAUCAUAAACAUAUAUACUAGUUAAUUUAGUAUCACUAUUUAAUUAGAGAUCACAAAAACCUGAAUUAAUGGCCUGAGCAAAUUCAAGGAAGCACUACCAUCAGUCAACUUUUAUAUUGAUAUUAGACAGAGGCAGUUUCUGCGUAUUACACUUAUACUGUGCCCCAAUGUCUAUGAAUAUCAAUAUUGCCUUAGCUUCCAGCUGAAAGCAUCAAUGAAACCCUUGUAACUUUGAAAUGAAAUCAAAGCACUAUACCCUCUUUCACAUCUCCAGCUGCUUGGUUGCAACAUCCACAGCAAGGUGUUCAUUUUGUUUCUCUAAUUUCUUGCUGCGACAGUUGCAGAAUUGUAACUUGGUGAACUCCUCUAGUUCUUGUCCCCAAGCUUUCUACUUCAGCUCCAUAUCUUGUUUAACAUCUUAAACAAGGGUAACUUGUUUAGUGAAAAUAACACAUACAUGUACACUGUAUGAAUUGUCCCUUUAGAAUCAAAUUAUAUCUUUUUAAUGUCUUAAUAUCACUACUGUUAUGUUGGCAAAAGACUCCUUGAAUAAACAACAAUACCUGGCAUUCCAACACAUAAACUUGUCAACACUAGUAAUAUUAAUUUUUGUUUUGGGUAACAGGAUGAAGUUUGCCUCACACUAGUGUAAUUCUAAUGAAUUAGGACAUUAUAGAGAACCUACCUGUCCCAUCAAGCACUAACUGUUCAGUGUGGGUACCAAAAUCCCGAAUAAACACACGUCUGUUAAUAGCGUCUGUAAAAUACUACAUACACAUACAUCUCAAGUUAUGACAUACAAAGUUGAAAAAUGGGUUUGUUAUGACAUGCUCAUUAUGCAACACAUUAAUUAGUCAGAUAAUUUCAUGAGUGCCAGAACCUAUAUAACUUAGUAAUUAACAAAUGUAACACUAGAUCAGUAAAUUUAGUAACUUAAUUUUAAAAAGUUACUCACAUAGUAGCACACCAAGACUCAUGAGCACACUCCAAUGAAACAUCUGGGUGCCAUGGUAAGUGGUUGUAUGCAAUACAUGUAGAAGCACACUCCGACGAAACAUCUGGGUGCCAUCCUAAGCAGUUGUGAACAUGUUAAGUUCAAAAAGGCCAUCAAGUGAUCAACAUUGACAAACUAUACAUGUAUGUAAUUUAAUUAUAUGAAAUAGAACAUUUACUUACAUUAAUCUUGGAUUGACAAAAUGUGACUCGGUUCAGAAUCAAAUUUUUAGCAGUGGUUAGAUCACUGAAGGCAUCCUUCAGUUUUUUUACUAGUAGGGCAUGGUGUACAAUAUCCUCAAUAUUUUGAUGAAUCUGCAUUUCAGUGGGUCCUGUUGGGAAAAAUGAACCCCCUUAAUUAUGUGGCUCUGUCUAGUACCAGAUUACCAAGAUUAUUAGGAAAAAUACUUAUUAAUCAAUAUGGUUAACUUUAAGCUCCCCUGGUUUCUGUAGUAACUUGAAAAAUGGUUACCAUAGUACUUGCUCCUUGAUCCUGCACAUACAUGUAGGCUAUUAACUUUGGCUGAGACAUCUAUUUAUCAAUACCUUUUUAACAAUUGACUAAAAUGAACUUGCCUGACAUUGAACUGACAUGUAAGUUGUGCUUGGACACAGCUGACUCCUCCUGACUGAUUUUUUUUUUUCUUCAAGGUGAUCCAGUCCCCAUGGACCAAUUCAGGCCUGUAACCCUUGAGGGCGUCAUUUGCCUCUCAAAGAGAGUCCACCUUAUAGGCCAUGAGACCUAUCGAUGCAAGAAAUUGCUCUGUGUUUCUCAUCUCCAUGGGAAGAGCACAGAGCUGAAUACUGCUCAGGUCUUCAUCAAGCAGACACAACAAGUCAUCCAAAUCCCACUUGACGUAUACAAACACAUGGUUUAAUAUCAGUUGCUUACCCUACGAAAUAACUAUAUGCUCGUAUUGAAAACUGUGUUUUGGCAUCAACUACGAAGGGAAGGCUAAAACCGAGGAAGGUGUCUUAAAUGUUAACACACUAAUUUUCCUUCCAACAUAUUCAAAUAAGACCAUGAAGUGCAUAUUUUGGAGUAACAGAUUACAAAUAUAGGUGUAAUUGACCUCAGAACUAAUUGCUUAAAAAAUGUACAUGCACUGGCUUGACUGGCUCAUCAAGUAUAUUACACCUCUUGUAAUACAUGUACAAGUACCUUCCAAUGUUUGCCUUGCUUCGUAAACAGUCGAAGGAACUUUCCUCUGGUUCUACAUUAUGGCAAUUACAGCCCUAAUGAAAAGUAUCUCUAGCUUGAACUGAGUAACUAACAUUCAGUGUCCUGAAAAAUUAUAUAAUAGGAUUUACAGGAAAAUAGAAGGGUUUGAGUAAAAACAAAAGGGAAGUCUGCUCUGCUAAUAGGACCUUCUUCCUUACAGUUAAUGAAUUACGGUCAACUCGCCGACGGACCAACUCGCCGACGCCAACUCGCCGACGUGUAAAAUCGAGUAGAGACGUCGGCGAGUUGGUCGUCAAUCCAAUACAACUUAUUAGAAGUUAAACAUACAGAAAAGUAAACGAUAUUUAGUAAAAAAACACUGGUGAACAUCUAACAGAAGCUUAAACAUUGGUGAACAUUGGUGAACAUCACCAAUGACUAUAACAGCUUAAGACGCGAACGAGUUAUUGUGCGACAACAACACCGUAAAGACUCAUCAUGUCAAUCGCUCAGAUUUUUUAACGAAAACUUGACUUUCUAGACGAGAUCUUUAGUAAAAAGCAUUUCUUUUUGUUUGCAACAAAGUUUGUAAGGAUCUCAAGGCGAAUAAAGCGAAGUAAACAUCACCAAUGACUCACACAACUCAUUGGCGUCUACAGCCAAUUUUGUUCAUUGGCGAUGUUAACGUCGCUUUAUUCGCCUUGAGAUCCUUAUAAACUUUGUUGCAAAUAAAAAGAAUUGCUUUUUUACUAAAGAUCUUGUCUAGAAAGCCAAGUUUUCGUUAAAAAAUCUGAGCGAUUAACAUGAGUCUUUACGAUGUUGUUGUCACACAAUAACUCGUUCGCGUCUGAGGCGGAUGUAGUCAUUGGCGAUGUUUACUUUACUUUAUUCGCCUUGAGAUCCUUAUAAACUUUGUUGCAAAUAAAAAGAAUUGCUUUUUACUAAAGAUCUUAUCUAGAAAGCCAAGUUUUCUUAAAAAAUCUGACCGAUUGUCAUGAUGAGUCUUUACAGUGUUGUUGUCACACAAUAACUCGUUCGCAUUUGAAGCUGUUAGAGUCAUUGUGAUGUUUACUUUACUUUAUUCGCCUUGAGAUCCUCAUAAACUUUGUUGCAAAUAAAAAGAAUUGCUUUUUACUAAAGAUCUUAUCUAGAAAGCUAAGUUUUCUUAAAAAAUCUGACCGAUUGUCAUGAUGAGUCUUUACAGUGUUGUCACACAAUAACUCGUUCGUGUUUGAAGCUGUUUGAGUCAUUGGUGAUGUUUACUUCCCUUUUUUCGCCUUGAGAUCCUUAUAAACUUUGUUGCAAAUAAAAAGAAAUGCUCUUUACCAAAGAUCUUGUCUAGAAAGCCAAGUUUUCGUUAAAAAAUCUGAGCGAUUGACAUGAUGAGUCUUUACGGUGAUGUUGUCGCACAAUAACUCGUUUGCGUCUUAAGCUGUUAUAGUCAUUGGUGAUGUUUACCAAUGUUCACCAAUGUUUAAGCUUCUGUUAGAUGUUCACCAAUGUUCACCAGUGUUUUUUUUUACUAAAUAUCGUUUACUUUUCUAUAUUUUUAACUUCUAAUAAGUUGUAUUGGAUUGACGACCAACUCGCCGACGUCUCUACUUGAUUUUAAACGUCGGCGAGUUGGUCCGUCGGCGAGUUGACUGGUUACCACAGUUAAUGGUUCAAUCUUCAGUCUAGCAACAAUAAAAUAAAUGUGGACAUCUUCAAAUCUUUCCAAAAAUGAUUUGCAACAAAACAUUUGCAUCUGGGGAAUAUUGACUGAUACAUGUACAAUAUGUAUAUUACUAAUAGCAAACAUUUAAUUGCUAGAACUGCAUUGCUAACAAACAUACCCUGACUGCAUUGCAAGUAAAACAAAAUGAUGCAUUAGAUAUAUAUAUAUGUGGAGUUCAAUCUUUUAAACCAUAAACCAUAACAGUAGUCUCAACUCUGAAUAAUAAAAGCUUAAGAAUAAACACCUACCAACAAUUUGUACUUGGUACAUUUUUGUCAUCCACAUCAAUCCCAUUGUCCUUCAGAAUCUUCUUUUGAUUAUUAAGGUCUUCCAGCAGAAUCUUUGGAUUUUCCCUUCACAAAAAAGAAUGAUAUGUAUUUAACAAACAGACCAUAACAAAAAUAGUACUUUUAUAACAACUCAUAAAAGAAAACCUUAACAAAGUCUUCAAACAUAUUAACUGCCAUCUUUUCACAGAAAAUUCUCAAACUCAUAAAUUAAAAAAAACAAAGGAAGUCAGGACCAUAAUGGUGUUUGGAUAUCUGAUCUUCAUUACUGAAACUGCCAUAAACCUGCAAGACUCCUGGCCUUGAAUAAUAACACCACACACCAAAUAAAAAGAAAAAGGUUUAAUGGAGCCGAACGUGCUUGAUACUAAGAGUGUGGGUUGAAACUAAAACGAAAAAAAAAAGCAAAAGGUUACAAGUUGCAAAACAAGUUACAAGUUACAAAAACUGCAAAACGAGGACUGCGAAAUACACUUACAUUGUUUUGGCCAGAGAAAACUUCUGUAAAGAGGACUGCGAAUAACGCGAAGAGGCUAGAAACAAACUAAACAGAACUGCGCUAAGCGCGGACCAAACUGAACUCACAAACUGUACUGACAAACUACGAUAUUCAAAUACGCUAGAAAAUGCGGAAAAUAAAACUAUAGAAAGGCGCUAAAGAAGAUGAAACAGCACGGAAACGCUAACAAGGGCACGAAAACUAACAGAAAGAGAUAAACACCUAAAUUAACGCCAAAAAAGAAGACUAAACAAAUGAACGAAAGGAAGUAUAAACUAAUUUGCGUACGCAAAGGAAAAACAAAUUAGGCAAGAACGAAUAAUCAAAAAAAAAUGUUACACUUGGAUCUAACAUACCGGCCCCAUAAGUGAGGAGCACACGCGAGGCACUUAAAUUAAACAAUUAAAGAUCUAAGUGUCUUCCUAAGUGUUCUUAAUAUUCUCUUCUCCUGAAUUCAGAAAAUUGCACAGAAAAUAACUCCAAAGGGAAAGUUCAAGCUUCUAUCAGCAAGCAAAGCUUGUCAAUUGGCCUCUCCAAAACUGCUCCUUUUACUUUCACUCUGGUACGGCGCACCAAACCUUUCUUGUCGGCGAAGACUUCUACCACUCUACCAAGGGGCCAUGAAUUGCGAGGGGAAUUUUCGGCGCUCACUAGAACAAUAUCCCCAACGGCCAGGUUCUUGCGAAUCGUCGUCCAUUUCUGCCUACUUUGGAGCAGAGGCAAGUACUCCUUAGACCAUCUCUUCCAGAAGAUGUCUGCGAGAUAUUGCACUUGUCUCCAUCUGCGCCAAGAGAAGGAGUCUUCCUUUUGGAAUAACCCAGGGGGCAUCUGAGGUUCCGGGCGUAAAAGAAGCAAAUGGUUUGGUGUAAGGGGCUCCGGAUCAUUAGGGUCACCUGAAACUGUGGUGAUUGGACGACCAUUAAUGAUGCUUUCCACUUCGCAUAGGAGGGUGACUAAACCUUCGUCAUCAACAGUUUGAGUUUGAAGCAAAGCUCGAAGGACCUUGCGCGUUGUUCGAAUGCAGCGCUCCCAAACACCUCCAUAAUGGGAGCCAUAGGGGGGGUUGAAGUUCCACUUGAUACCCUUCUGAAGUAGAGCUUCGUGAAUCUUGUUGUGAUUCCACGCGUUGAUGGAUUCCCUGAGCUCCCUCUCUCCGCCGGUGAAAUUGGUACCAUUAUCGGAUCUGAUCUCCUUUACCUGGCCCCUUCUUGCUAUAAACCUUCUGAGCGCCAUCAGGAAAGAAUCAGUUUCCAAACUGUGCGCCACUUCAAUGUGAACCGCGCGGAUAGAAAGACACGUGAAAAUGACCCCAUAUCUUUUCACAAGGCUUCGCCCACGGCGUACCUGAAGAGGACCAAAACAAUCAAUGCCGACAGAUGUAAAAGGUGGCUGACCUGGGGUAACACGAUCCACGGGAAGGUCAGCCAUUUUCUGCUCACAGAACGGGCCUUGACGCCGCCGGCAACUGAAACAUUUCGAAAGAACUUUCCUGACAACAGAACUUGCGUUUACGAUCCAAAACUUCUCGCGAGCAAGACUGAUAACGUACUCUCUCCCAGAGUGACCGGAGAUCUGGUGGUAAUAUUCUACUACAAGGUUGGUCACGUGAUCCUUCUUGGGCAAAAUAAUCUGAUGUUUAGCCUCAAAUGCAGUGGACACUAGACUUAACCUCCCACUGACACGUAAGACGCCGUUCACUAAGAUUGGAUCCAGACUUCGAAGGCUGCUGCUUUUCUUGACUUGCGUACCGUUUUCAGACUUGCUUAACAGCUCAAGCUCAUCCGGAAAAUUGAACUGCUGGACGUUCCUGAGGAUUUCUAGCUCCGCAAUUGCCAACUCCGUAACGGUAAUUGGUGGUAAAGAAAGGAUGGGAGUUGAAAGGAUCGGCUCUCUCGAUUUUCCGCGUUUACUUGACCUUUUCAAGUUUCCAAGGUAUCGUAAAAACCAUGCAACUGACUUCUUCAAUCGGUGCCAGGAAGACGCGCGAUGAAAGUACUCAACCAAAGGAUGCUCCGACUCGGAAACAGAAGCGUGACAAACCUUAUAAACCAUCUUCACUUCCGGGUCUCCGUCUUGAAGACAUCCAAGGGAUAAGGGGUUCCUAGGCCAAUCUUCUUCUGACUUCCAAAGAAACUCCGGCCCCAGUAACCAUCUUUGGCAGCUCAACAAUGCUUUGGCAGUCAGCGCUCUUGAAGCGCAAUCUCCAGGAUUCGCUACACCUUCCAAAUAGCGCCACUGAUCUGGACUUGAGCCCUCUCGUAGUACGGCAACCCGAUUGGCAACAAACGUGUGGAAACGCGUACUUUCGUUCUUCACAUAACGAAGCACUGACAUGCUGUCUGACCAAAACACGGAUUCACAAUUAGGAGGCAUCUCCAGCUCUUCCUUGAGCAUCUUGUCUUGUCGCACAGAAACGGUUGCGGCCGAGAGCUCUAAACGAGGAACAGAGAUAGUUUUCAAAGGAGCAACGCGUGAUUUUCCUAACAGGAAGGAACAAUGAACUCGGUCCUCAUGGCUAAGCAGUCGAAGGUAAGUCACUGAGCCAUAAGCUGCUUCUGAGGCAUCAGAGAAGUGAUGUAGCUGACUGGAUUUAACGGGACCAAAAUCCUCUGGCUUUAAACAGCGACUCACAGCAAACUCCGAGAGCUUUGGAACAUCUGCUAGCCAAUUUUCCCAACGUGCAGCGUACUCAGUCGGGAUCUCGUCAUCCCAUCCUAGCUUAAUGCGACAAAGAUCUUGAAGGAUUUCCUUCGCGGUCAGAACGAACGGUGCCAGGAAUCCCAACGGAUCGAAAAUAGCACUCGCUAGAGACAAGAUACCCCUACACGUUGGUGGACGGGAGCUAAUGUUGACUCUGAAGCGGAACGAAUCGGAUUCUACACACCAUUGAACUCCCAGGGCUCGCUGAACAGGCAACUCUUCCUUCCUUAUGUCCAUGUCCUUGAUGUCCUUUGCUCUCUCCUUCUCAGGGAUAGCUUGCAGAACAUCACGACUAUUGCUGACCCAUUUGGUUAGCUUGAAACCACCACGUGAUAGUAAACUGCAUAAACUGCCAACAUGCUCAAUGGCUUUCUGCUCGCCAGGGAGGGACUUCAAGCAAUCAUCGACAUAAAAGUUUCUUUUAACUGUGUUAAUGACGUCAGGAGGGAAGCUGUGACGAUUAUCUUCUGCUGUCUUGCGGAGUGCGAGGUUUGCGCAAGCCGGUGAUGAAAUGGCUCCAAACAAGUGAACGACCAUCUGAAAUUCUUGUAAUUCGCGCGCCAUGUUGCCAUCCUCCCACCAAAGAAAACGCAGAAAGGAACUGUCAGGAUCGGGAACUCUCACUUGGUGGAACAUGGACUCUAUGUCCGCCAUGACGGCCACUCUCUCUUCACGAAACCUCAACAGGACUCCUACAAGCGAACUAGUUAGGUCCGGGCCCUUGUACAGCAUGUCAUUGAGGGACUUUCCCAUGAAUUUGGCCGAACAGUCAAACACGACGCGGAUCUUUCCUGGCUUGCGAGGGUGGUAAACACCAUGGUGCGGUAUGUACCAGGCGGUGCCCUUCGCGGGGCUAUUCUGAUCAGGGGACACUUUGCGUGCAUAUCCUUUGGAGAGAAUGUCUUCCAUAAAGGCCUUAUAAUCUUGAUAGAACUUCGGGUCUCUUUCCAGCCUUUUCUUCAACCAAAUGGCGCGCUGCCAGGCCUGAGCCUUGUUGCUGAGUACAGGCGUUUGGCGAUCCUUAAAAGGUAAAGAGAUUUGAUAGUGCCCAUUUCUCAACUCCACCGUCUGUUCGGCGAUUUGCAUAAAUCUACGUUCGUCUUGAGACAUCUCUGUCUUGCUAUCAGCGGUGGGAUCGGUAAAAUCGCGGUUGUAGAAGUCUUCUAUCAUCUGUUGGAGCCGGUGAUCGACUUUAGCAACAAAAGUGGAUGACCGUGAACUAUGGUGACGACGGCCUAAGGGACCAUUUACCGCCCAGCCGAUUCGAGUUCUUGAAGCAUAAGGACCACCGUCUUGACUGUGUUUGAUAUCAAGUGGAUCGAGAGCCUUGGGAACGUCACUAGCAAUCAAAAGGCCAACCUCAGCGUCGAGACGAGGCAGAAAAACUCCUUGCAAGUGGGGCCACUGAUCAACGUCAUCCUGAGUUGGAAUGUCGCUGCUGGACACAGGAAUCUCCGGCCUGGUAUAAAGGGUCGGGAGGCUAAUCCACUCGUUCUCGUCCAAAUCGGAUACAAGAAGGUCGCGAACCAGGAAGCUGUUGGUGAUGCUAUUUUUCUUCUCAAGGGUAGACAGGGAUAUCUUAACUUGCUGACCAUUAAUCCCGAGCUGCUUCAUGAGCGAUUCAGUACAGAAACUGGAGUUGCUACCGUUAUCCAGGAAGGCGUAGGUGAUGACGCUCUUAUCACUAUCUUUCGCUCUUACUCUAACUGGUAUUACGGCCAUGCCUGUCCUACGACCCUCUCCUGAAGUCUCACUGUUGGCACUGGUGCCCGUUCUUACCAUGUGACUACAAACUUGAGUGCUGAUUACGUCUUCCGUACCCACUCCAAUGUCGACAGCUCGUCUCUCACGAGGGCUUGUAUGUAAAACAGUAGGAUGCCGUCCUUUACAGUUCGCAAUCUUGCAAUUUUUCCUCUGCGGGCAAAACUUUGCGACAUGUUCGGUGGAUAAACAUCCAAAGCACAGCUUUUUGGACAACAGGAAUUGAAUUCUCUCUUGGUAGGGUUUCCACCGCAAUGAUUGACAAUCCUCAAGGGCGUGGUUUCUGCUACAAUAGAGACACCGAUUUUUCCCUUGUGAGGGACCCUGAUCGAUUCCAGUUGGCUGAACCUUGCGAGUCUGAGGUCUCUGCUCUCCAUCGGCGCGUUGACUUGGCUCCUUUACACCCUGCGGAACAGUUUCACUGGUAUGACCUUCACUAUCGCCUACAUGUGCUAAGAGACUGAGAUUCUUGGGAUUGGAUGUCUUGCCACCAUAGGACCGCUGACCAGGCGCCGAUCUUACGGUAUCGGAUAUCUUGCCAAAGACUGGGUUGGUUAGUAUUCGUGCUCCGCGAUCAACAAAGGCGACGAAGUCACUAAACUGUACUGGCCUUAACUGUCUGUCCAUGAUGUCAUCAGCUAAGCGACGCCAUCUUUCUCUCAUGCUGUAAGGAAUCUUGAGCACCAACUUUUGAAUGUUUCCUGGCUGAUCAAACUUAGAAAUGUACUGGCUACCUGCCAAUGCGUUCUUGCAACUUGCGAGAAAGACUGAGAAACGAUUCAAAGCCACACCAUCUUCUGCCUUUAUGCUCGGCCAGUCGAGGGCCUUCAUCUCGUAAGCGGAUGCUAUGCGAUAAUCGUCACCAUACUUCCUUCUCAAAAGCCUACGAGCCUCAUCGUAACCUUCUUCCGCUGGUAAAUGAUGACAGGAUCUAACAAGUUCCUUAACGUCCCCUGCGGUGAACUGCUCCAGGUAAUAGAGUCUAUCAGUACUGCUAAAUGUUCUGGAUUCAACCAAAUUUUCAAAAGCGCGAACGAAAGUGCGGUACUCAAUAGGGUUUCCGUCAAACACGGGGACACGGGGCUGCGGAAGUUUGUUCCUAUUCUGAUUAUGCGCUAGCAAUUCCAUCAUUCUGUUCUGCUGAAACUGAAGAGCAGUCUGUUGCCGCUGCAAACCAAUCGUUUCCUUUCUCAGAUCCUCACCGACUGUACAGGCUUGAUAAUCAAACUGGCCGUAAGGAACAGAAUCCAUAGACACGCCCUGGCCUGGGUGGUGCACCUCGCCUGGAAAAGACCUUUUCGCGCGGGGGCUGGUACGAGGGGGUUCCUGAUCCUGGAGCUCUGUCUCCAAUUUUAAAGGCUUCACCUCCGGUAGAGAAGGGGAGGUCAUUGCUGCGUAGGCCCUCUCCUUAGCUGUUGUCUUGAUCAUUUCGGCUUCGAGGUUAAGGCGUAAUUCUUCCUGCUGUAAACGAAACUUUUUCUCUUCGAGUGUUUGGCGCUUUUCGAGCAUAGAAAUUUCAGCUUUUAACUCGGCAAUUCUUGCGGCUUCUUUGGCUCUCGCGGCUGCAACUGAUGAAGCACGAUCACCACGUGAACUUGCUCGACUUGAAUGUUUUGAAACCUUGGAAGCACCUGAAGGAAUUGGUGUGCCAGCACAACUAAUUGAAUCCUCGGGAUUCACUGCCGAACCCACCCGAAGCGACUCUGCUAAUAGCUUGUAUUCAAUAUUAAUUAUCCAUUCGAUGAUCUCCUGACGGAACACACGAACCUUUCCCUCUUUGUCUUCAAGAUAGCGUUGCUCCUCAAUAAUGGCGUUCUCAUCCAGAAUUUCUUCGACGUAAUCGCGAUGGGCCUCUUUGAAUCUUUCAAAAGCGUUGUCCAAGUAAGGAAGCUUCCCUUUAACCUCCUGAAGAUUAUGAUCAUCAGUAAGCAAGCCAGAAAUUUCAUUGGAAAUGGCGGUUACAGUAGACAGGUGACCAGACCUUGAAUUUUUCUUGAAACGAAGUAUUUCCAGGUUAGACGCUUCAAAAUCCAGCGAACGGUUUGGUUGUCGUACGCGUGUUCCAACUCGCCGAGCGACGGGAUCUGUAAGCUGCUUGCGGCUAAAGCUCAUGACGAAACGACAUGUCACCAACAAUUUUCAACGAUGAAACUGCCAUAAACCUGCAAGACUCCUGGCCUUGAAUAAUAACACCACACACCAAAUAAAAAGAAAAAGAUUUAUUGGAGCCGAACGUGCUUGAUACUAAGAGUGUGGGUUGAAACUAAAACGAAAAAAAAAAAGCAAAAAGGUUACAAGUUGCAAAACAAGUUACAAGUUACAAAAACUGCAAAACGAGGACUGCGAAAUACACUUACAUUGUUUUGGCCAGAGAAAACUUCUGUAAAGAGGACUGCGAAUAACGCGAAGAGGCUAGAAACAAACUAAACAGAACUGCGCUAAGCGCGGACCAAACUGAACUCACAAACUGUACUGACAAACUACGAUAUUCAAAUACGCUAGAAAAUGCGGAAAAUAAAACUAUAGAAAGGCGCUAAUGAAGAUGAAACAGCACGGAAACGCUAACGAGGGCACGAAAACUAACAGAAAGAGAUAAACACCUAAAUUAACGCCAAAAAAGAAGACUAAACAAAUGAACGAAAGGAAGUAUAAACUAAUUUGCGUACGCAAAGGAAAAACAAAUUAGGCAAGAACGAAUAAUCAAAAAAAAAUGUUACACUUGGAUCUAACAAUUACCAUAGAUUUUUAUGAUUGUAAUUCUCCAUUUUCUCAUCAGUUUUAGAAGUAAUUGAGAAGGUAUAUCAAACAUUCAAGACUGUUCUCAUUUCUAAACACCUUGAGCUGGCUCGAAGUUUGUCCAAAAACUCGCACAUCUCUUCUUGGUUUUUGGAAUUGGGGUCAAACAAAGUCUUUCAAGUUUAAUAUGCAAAAUUCCGCUAGGUUUAUUUUGGUUUCUUAGAAACAAAAAUUGAAAGCAGACAAUUUUACAGGAACGUUGUGACCCACUCACUUGUUUUCAUUUUUAAUAGUGCAACAAAACAAAAUAAUAGCAGUAGAUAAUUCACCUGUUCUCCUCACAAUUGGCUGGGACCAAAGGGAACACAGACUUUGGACUUUGAUUGGAGGACACAGGACACACACUAGGGACGACACCAAUCAACACUUGAUCUCGACCUGAACAUAGAAGAAGUGUUUGGUACAAAUAUACUAGGCAAAUUAUCAUAAACUCGAUAAAUUCUACUUUGCAAUAAUGUGUCAUGUUAUUUAAAUUAUAUAACACAUAAAAUUCACCAUCUUUGUUCACUUAUCGCACAUAAACUAGUUGUGAUGGCACAAAAACAAAAUGAUCCUUAUUCUGUAUGUGAAAUUAAUUAAAAUUUGUUGUAAAGGGGUGACAGUCUUAAAUGAUCAAAAACUCAAUAAAUUCUACUUUACAACAAUGUGUCAUGUUAUUUUAAUUGUAAAACACACAUAAAAUUCUCCAUCUUUAUUCACUUAUCACACAUAAACUAGUUAUGAUGCCACAAAAAGAAAACAAUACUUAUUCUGUCUGUGAAAUUAAUUGAUUAAAAUUUGUGGCAAAGGAACUCUUUGUUCAUGUCUGCACAAGUGAAUAAUCUGUUGUUAUUGACUCCUUACCCCAAAAGGGUCUUCCAUCAAUUUUCAGCAUCAACAUAAUUACAGGAGAAGACAACUGAUGCAGUCUUUGCUCCCUAGCAAUAAAUUCCAUGACAGGAGCCAAUUGUAAUGAAUACCCUGGAAUAGGUGGAGAGACCUUCUGAAUUCUCAUUAAUACUGUGCACACUCCAAAUACCAUCUUCUUCAUUGCCUUUAUCUCAUUUAUAUUUAACAACACAGGAUUAUCAGAGGAGUUCUGAAAGAUAAAAUAGGCUUGAUCGUUCAGCAAAGUUGUUAUGAGAAAGCAAAGAGCAGCAAGAGUCCAUUAUCAACAUAGCAAUAAUCCAUCAAAACGACAGAUAAGGUUCAUGUGCAAGAACAAAAAAGAAGAAAAGUCAGUUCAAUCUUUCUGCAAAUUUAAUACGGUCUUAGAUUGGUCGGAUUCACUUCGUUCCAACCAAAAGUUAGAUCGCUCCACAUAGGCUGAGUUCGCAACCUAAGAAAACCAGUUAAGCUUGGCAGUAGAUGAAAGAACGAGGAAUAAUCUAUAUGCCUGUUGGAGC